UUGUCGGAGACGAUCAAGCAGAAGGGGAAGUAUAAACCAAUCACGAGGUUAGUUUCCUUCGUGAUUGGCUUAAAUCUUCCGCUUCUUCUUGUGACUCCGACAGCCUAGUUUUCGCAGUUGAUCGUAAGCGACGGAGUCGUUAGCGGAAUCAGAACGCUGUUUUCACCAGAUCUUUAAGUCCUACGCUUCUGAUUUCGACUCCGAUUCUGACUCUGUCUUUAGUGAAAACCAGCUUUAAGGCGUGCUCUACCAAGGGCUUUUUCCAGUUGUCAGAGCUGACCGACUAGAUCAGUCCAGUCGUAAAGAGAAUUCUAUCAUUACCCAGGACUAUCCGGCCAGAUCAGUCUAUUUUCCAAAUAUUUUGUAUGGUAGUGAUAUGUUCUAGCGGAAAAACUAACCGAGAAAAUACCAAUAUUUCAUUAGCUAUUUGACCCGUCCCGCAAACCAAUUGUGACUUUUGGUUUGCGCCUUCUUUAACGCUUUUUCUGUUUGCCUCUAUCGGCAAAAAAAGUCAAUAAUGGUAAAAAAUGUUUAGCGAGAGGAAUAAUCUUGAAUGCUGUUACUGAAGCAUUAAAUAACCAAACAAACCAAAGUGGACAGAACUCAGUUUUACAUCUAAAAUAGUCAGAAUAUAUAUUCAAAAAUGCUGAUGUGAAAUUCAGCCAGCAGAAAGCUUUAGACAGUGGCACACUAAACUGCUUCGCUGAUCAAGCUAACAGGACAAUAUUUACGUGUUACUAAAUCGUUCUUAACAUAUAUUUUUGCUCUGCGCAAAGCCUCAAAGAGCGCCUGCGCUUUUAGUACAGAAAAGCUAACGAAAUUCAAAUUGGAUGAUCGUUUGUACCUUCCGUUUUAAGAAGAUGUUCGAUAUAAUAAUCCAUAUAUCAGGCCUUGAAAUGUUUUUGCGGCUGGCGCCGGUCAAGUUCUCCGGUCAAACCUAUUUUUGCUGGGACACAACCCGGUUUUUGGCCAGACAAUUACAAAUAUUUAUUACGACAUAUCUUUAUAAAGAUAAAUUUUCGGUCCAUCAGAAGCGUAAAGGACCGGACAAAACUAACUUUUGACCGGACAUUGUCCGUUGACCGGCCGUUAUUUCAAUCCCUGAUCAUAUGUUACUCUGAGCUCAAAGUUCGAGUAUCCUGGAUCGAAAACAUUGGCAUUUAAUAUAUUAACUGACAAAAACAUCUCAUAAUACACGACUGAAAUGUUUAUUUCAUUUUACUUUAAUAUUUAUCCAGGUGAAUUGUUAUUUAUGUAAAUAUUUAAAGUAGGUAAGAGGACAAGGACAAAAAUUAUAAACAGAAAAUAUUUGUUGGCACAAGGUUUGUUGACGCGCACGUGUUUUCAGGUAUAUAAAUGUUGAUAUCGGACUUUGUUGAAAUAAAAUAUACAUUGCUAAGACACAUCAUGGUCCUUUUUGCGUCGCAUUUAGCCUGCGUGGAAUGACGGUUUUGUCUGGCGUACCGCUGAGCGGCGAAGCCGCGAAAGCGCGCGGUCCCACUUUAAUCUCCUUACGGUUUCACUGCCUUGUUUGUGCGCACGACUAAAACAAACCGCCAUGCUACGCAGGCUAGAUGAACAUUGCACAGUAUACUGUUCCAUUUUGAUUGCCUGCCUCCUUCAUACCGUACUAAGCGGCCGUGUUUAGUCAACGUGGAGUACCAUACUCAUUCAAUCCUUUUGCAGUAUUUCACACUACGCCGCAGGGCGUCCACACAAUCUGUUUGUGUAACCGAACAUUGUAAUUUUACAGUAAAUGUACUGGAUUAACCGUUUACUUCGUCUUGUGUGAUAUACCGCUAUGUAUAUGCACCGAACAAUACUAAGUAAACGUUGUAUUACCUAACCUAUGGUAAAGUUGGCGCUCCCUUUUGCCUCAGAAGCGGUAUUUUGAACUAUUUUGAAGGAUUUUGAGGGUUGGCCUUGGUGUAAGAACCUGCGAACUUUUUCUUUGUUUCGCGCCUUCUGUUUUUCGAGGUUCUAUUGAGUUUACUUCUUUGUCUCACAUCACCCGUGAGUUUAACAGGUUCUUACACCAAGGAUGAGCCGAUUUUUUUUACUAUUAAGAGGCGCAGUAAAGGGCGAACUCAAAAUUUCUUCAAAAUUGUUCAAAAUACCACUUUUGAGGCGAAAGGACGACAAUUUAGGGUAAUACACUGCUUAUGAUUGAUCCAUGCACAUAUUUAGCGAUAUAUAGAUACAGAUGACGCAAACCAGUAAAAACAGUACAAAUGCUAUAAAGUUACAAUAAGUUAAACAAACGGACUGUGUCGGUCCCAUGUGACUAAAUUUGCACGCGCAUGACAAAUGUUGAUCGCUUCCGACCGCUCUUGACAACUCGAGCAGGAAAUAGUGUGCACCUCUAACAGAUCGGCCACUUGUGUGAAAUUCUCUAACCUAACCUAACCUCGACGACUUCUUCCUCGGCUCUCAUUCUGGACAUGGGUGAGGUUUCGAAUCGCGACAAAGUUUGAAAGAACGCAAAUUCACUAUACUAGUGACCUUUUCGUUGCCGUCUCCCUUGUCGUCGUCAAAGCUCCUUCAAAAAUAUGAUAGAUAACGUGAACAUGUGUGACGUCUUUUAGUACACCUUAAAACACCCCCCCAAAAUAAAUGAAAGUUGCAUUUAAGCAAGGUUGAUAGCUCUUGAACAAAGCUAAAUGUCGGACUUUGGCGGAAGAAAUGGUGAAGAAAAAUUGAUGAAGAAAAAAUUGCUGAAGAAAAAUUGGUCACAAAUGAUGGUCACAAACGAACUGCAAACAGAGCUGAACCUUCAUUUAUAAUUUCCACUCCAGUUAUUACAGUCUCCAGCUGCACUUUAUUUAUGACCAACAGGUUUAUAUUCUUUAUAAUUUGCUUCACUGGAGUACCGGGAGUACCUUUCAAUUUGUCCGUAUCUCUAUCGUCCUCGUCCAAGGGCUAUUAGGCCUCACUUGUAUGCAACUUCCGUUUUUUUUUUCCGGAAUAGUGUAUUCAGUCAGCCCUCAACUUUGGCAAAUAGAUAGCUUUUUUCGUGGUUUUGUUCAGUAAUUUGGUAAGCCUUGAACAGCAAAAAAAAUUUAAAUAAAUGAAUAAAAAAUGCGACACAAACGUCACCACGUUCUGACGUCUGGUGUGGGACUGAACCGUGGACUCCUACCAUUUUAAAAAUCAAAUCUAUUCAUAACCGGAAAAGAAUCUUACCUUGUAACGCUCCUCUGUCAUAAGAGGUUUUCCUUUUUUCUAAUUUAAUUUUGGAAAUUUCGAUGACAAAGAUAUUAUUAUCAUUUUUCAGUAAAUGUCAUGCGUUUUAUACUUGAGCCUCUGGCUCGGAUGAUCGGGGCAGCCUCAUCCCACGUAUUGACGUAAUAAAUUGAUUGAUUGAUUGAUUGUUUUUGUUGUAAUCGACUCUGGCUUUUUCCUUUGUUAUCUACAGCGUCUGUUAAGGUAUUUUUCAAUACCCUUAGUUCUCUUUUAACCCUAUAAUCCCUAAUAUCAAAAUUGAAAUUCUCAUUUGUUGUCCCUAUACUUUUUCAAUAUAAGUAGUGGGGAGAAUUUGUUGAAAUAUCAAUUAGACUCAUCUUCCCUGAUCAUGUACUCAAUUCUCAUGACCACCCUGCUUUCUAAAGCAUUGUUAUUAUAAGGAGAAAUUUCAUGCUGAUCACUCUUUGGGCUUAAAGGGUUAAUGCUGCCUUAAGCAGAGGAAAAUAAAUACCACGAGGUCAUUUGUUCAGUUUGACAGACAAAAUAAGGUCAGCAACGGACCCUUUUUUUAAAACAAAUUGGGAAUAUUAGUGAAUAAACAAAUUUAGCUUGUUUAAAAAUACUGAUUUUUUACAUUUUAAUAUUUAUAUGAUAUGUCUUUUUAAUGUUGUUGCUUAGCGUCUUAGAAAAGUGUUUCUUAGUUUACAUUUGUAUUUUUUCCCCGGCACACGGAAAAUGAGCUGUUCGACGAACGCUAGAACCGUAAAACGUUCAGUAAAUCCCGAGUUUAAAUAAAGUGUUCUGUUCUGCUCUGUGUGUCUUCAAAUGAGGUGAGUGCAUAUGACGUCGGGUUGUACUUGACGUCACGGUUUCCAUGUUACUGUAUCCAAACAAUCUAAACUAUCUGCAUAAUAACAGAGGUUAUUUUCGCUUCAUUUUGGGUAAAAAUGGCAUAACCCCCAUGGCUUUAUGUGGUUACACACUGCUGUGCCCGUAGGCAUCUCCUAUGACCUCGGCACAAAUCCGCAGCUAUUCAAGAAAAAUUGGAGACGAAAAAAUUGUUGAAGAAAACAGUUGAAUCAGAUAAGACAAAACUUUCAAUAUCUCAACUGUUUAGUUGUAUUUCGACGUUCAAAAAAACAGCAGCUAGGCUUCGAAGUGAACUAGAAUUUGAGCAGACGAGCUUGGGCCUCCAGGCAGUAUUCCAUUCUUUGACAGCCUCGUUUCUGAGAAUCAGUCCAAAAGCACAUGAACUAAAGAAACUAAACGAUAACUGACGAACGUUUUGGUGAAAAUCGCAGAUCUAUCGAGAGGCUUAGCUAGAAGUUUUGCAGAGAUACGCAGAGUUUUGCAAAUCCACGUUAACCCGCCUCCCAGAUCGUUUCCACUCGGGUGACUGGAUUAAAUUUUCUUUUCUAUACGUAUCAUGAGAUAACCACUCCUCAUUUCCUUUGCAUUGUCUUGUCUUUUAUUAAUCUUCAACAUUUUUUGUUUUAAAUACGCAAAUGCGUCUCUGCGUACAGGUAGUUACGCCCCCGCAGUACCCUAACCAACGUCAAGCUACUCCAGUCAGCCUAUCCAGUCCCUGUUAAUGACUGGUUCUCACUAGCUACCCAGGCAUAAGCGCAAGCAAGACAAGACAAUGCUUUAUUUGGAGUAUUAUACAGUCCUAUGUACAUCGACUUUUUAUCCAAAUAAUUUAAAAUAAGAGCAAGCGUAAGAGUCAACCUUCCGCCGGGGGGGGGGUUACUCCGCAUAAUGGUCUAUACGGAGAGGCUCCGUCCGAAAGGGGUAUCUUUUUCAGGCUUUAGGCGUAUGAAAGGGUAGGGAAUUUCACAUGUAAAGAGAAAUCUAUCAUUCCAGUCCGUAAAAAGGACUAACAGGUUCCUUUCAUUACUGGGAAAAAGUCGAGUAAAUUUUCUGGCCCCAAUAGUUCAAACGCGGAUAGCGCUAUCCACCGGAUAAAUCACUAUCCUGUGGAUAACGCAAUUAGUUUUCCUAAUGCUUAUCCGUUGGAUGGCGAUUUAUCCGGUGGAUAGCGCUAUCCAACGUUUGAACAACUGCGGCCUGGUCUUGUGAUCUAUUCAUUUUUAAAAGACAAUGCAUUUACAACAGUUACAAGGGGUACAAAGUUCUAAACUAGGUAUACGAAAGGUGUACCAUUCGUCAAUGGAAGAUACAUGAGAGCGGUGCUUUCUCUGUCAGAUAUGGUAUAUGAAAGGUUAGGGGGCUGGACCUCGGGGCUGAGCCUCCCCGUAUGAAACUUUGUUGAGUACCCCCCUGUCCGGUCCACAUUUCACCCUCAAACGACCUAGAAACAAACAUAAGCACAGGCGUACAUAAUAGCACAAGUAUCAAAACUUUUUUAAACAUGUCUGCGCAUGCCUCGCUCAAAAUCCUCGUUGUCUUGGGUCAACCAGUCAGGGAAGAGUUUUUCGAAGCAAGGUGAACCCUAAUCACGGGUUAACUGUAAACGAAGCAAAUAAGUUGUCAUAGUAACUAACCCUGGUUUGGGCUAAUCGUCAUUCGAGCAACUUCGCCCAGAUGCUUUUAGCCAACGAAUUUUUUUAACUUCUUUUUCGCUUUUCUGUUGGGGUCAGAGUCUGCUGUCGAUUUUAUGUUCUCCUACAACGGGUAUUUUUGAGCUGCCCUAUAACAGUAGUUUUGUAGUGUAUAUGUUUACACAAAACAGAGAGGCUCACUGAAAACCGCCUCUUGGCUAAUUGGGUUCUCUCAUAAAAUAUUAUUAAUAGUUCUAUUUUUAUAACAGGCAUUAACCGAAAAUAUUUUUGUGGGCGUUAGUUUUUAGCACUUAAUGGCUUUCUAUUAAUUGUUUUAUAAAAGGACAAUAUGAAGUGUCAGUUGGAAAACUUAGAAACAACAAUAGGGCCUGAGGCGAAAAUACAUUUGUAAACCAAACGUCCUGAUAAUGCAAAACUUUUGAGUGUUUAGGAAUAUCCCUCCCAUGGUUUAAUUAAACAGGUAGUUUUCUUGAAAGACUGAACUCUUCUUUCUAUAUAUACUGUUUCAAAGCUAUCGUCUCUGAAGUGAGGUUUGUUUAAAUAAACUGGACAACAAGCGUUUCCUUGAACGGGUUGUUAAGAGAUCGGAUAAGAAUUUACUUCUUACUAUGAUGUUUCAUUGUUGUCAUUCUCAAGUACAAUAAUAUUACUUGCGUAAUAUGGCCAACGGCGCAAGAAUGUUCUUCAACAGAAAAAUCCAUUGUGUUGCGAUCAAAUAGUUUUGAGCGGAAAAAAAUUUAUAUCAGGUGUGUCUUUUUAAACUGCGCGUAAGACACAGCAAGAACAUGGGAAACUCGUCCUGGUUUUUCGCUGUUCUUCUGUUAUCAUUUCCAAUACUUUCAUGUUCUUACUGGUGGUAAGUUUAAACGAUUAACUGAAUAUAAGAAUUACCACGAGUUCUACCGGAAAUUUGUUCUCCAAAUUAACACAAGAACGCACAAGUGGAACAUUUUGAUGACAAUUUAAUUUGUUUCUGUAAUACAUAUAUUAGGUUUAUGUCUCAAGUGUACGAUCUUGAUGCUCAAGUUAUGUGCAACCGAGCUGCUUUAGUUAAGGACCAAAAACGAUUUUGCGAAGAAUAUCCUGAUAUUGCGAUCAGUAUUGGGAAAGGAGCGAAACUUGGUGUGCAGGAGUGCCAGAAACAGUUAAAGGACGAAUUAUGGAAUUGUUCCACAGUCGCUCGUGAUGUCAGCGUUUUCGAAAAAGUUCCGCGAAAAGGUAAAAUAAUCAGUUAUAGUGAGUUAUUUCAUAACACUAUCUAACCACGCGUACGGGAAAACUGGAUAAAAGAAAAUUUGCCAGAUAAACUGUUACAGCAUGUAAAAAACAGCAUGUACUUUGAAGGAGAAAUUAAAAGAAGGUGUUGUAUAUAACCUGUCAUAUAAGGUUCUAAGGUCUCUAAGCGUUCAGUCCGCUCGUCGAGGCCGUGGUCCCAGGUCAGUUGAAAGGUAGGGUUAGAUAUAUUGUGCUCGAAAAUUUGAGCAUUAUGCUUUUAAGCGUCACCACCCUCAAAACAACAGCGUAAUGCCUAAAAUUAUCGGCUUGAAACUGAGUUGCGUUAAGCUAUGCAAUAUUAUAACCUUAUCUUGUAGUAAAGGUUCAAAAAUAUAUUAUUAGCUCCGACUGCAUGUGCAGAGACGAAAAAACUUUGCUUAAAAUUUGGCUUAACCCAGGAUUAAAUUUAAACUUCACCUUCUUUAGGUUACGCGGGCCCUGUACGACUAGUGAAUUUUUCUUCGAAUUAUGUCGCAAUUUCUGUUGCAAUUUGUGCCUCAACUAAAUUACUAAACAAGUUUCAAACAAGUUUGUCCAGUGUUAAAGCCUUUAUCCGUAUAUUGACGUUUUUCACGUCCGCUCAGUGUUGAUUUUCUUUCCUUUAUUUUUGCUGAUUCAGUUCUGACAUUGGAAUGAUGUGGCUUUGUUUCAGCAUCUCGAGAGACCGCCUUUAUUUAUGCCAUAACCUCUUCCGGGGUCGUUCACGAGAUUACAAAAGCUUGUGCGCGUGGUGUACUCAGAAAUUGUGCUUGCAAUAAUACUCAGCUAGCUGAAGGAACAGGAUUCGAGUGGGCUGGCUGUAAUGACAACAUUGAAUAUGGUUUGAAAUACGCCAGUAAGUUUAUAGAUUCUCGAGAAAAGCGGGAGCAUGACAUCAGAGCAAAAAUCAACCUUCACAACAACCUUGUGGGAAGGCAGGUGAGUGAUAUAUCGUCUGAAUGGUAUCCGAUUUAUUUGGUGGCAAAACGUUAAGCUAAGUUAAGUUCACCCGUCUCAGUGGCAUCCAAUAUGUAAUUUAGAAACCACUUCACAAGUUGAGUAAAAUGUUUCAUUGUUUCAUUGUAAAUUUAGUUGUUUUCGUGUCAAGAACUUUCUCGUUGCAAAGAUUGUUUGUUUGUUAGUUAGUGGUACAAUAUCGGUUGUGAUCACUGCAUGACACAUACGGUACUUUGCUGUUUUCUCGAGCUAAUUCUUAGUGUUUUAUGGUUUGUUUGUUUAUAUAUUGUAUAAUUAAUCAUUAAGAUCAACUACAACAAUACAUGCCAUCACCAAAAGUCAAAUGUUCGCUCUAAUGUCUGAGUUCUGAAUCAGUACUGUAUUUUAUGCCAUAACUUUUAUAAGAGGUUCUACUGGUCAGUAUGCUAGCUCACUUGGCAGUAUAUGUCAUUCAUAACCUGUCCAUACCUACAUCACGAUGUAUGGAGUCUGUGUAUAUUCUCUUCUGUUAUUAAGACGGCAUCAAAGAUAAUUAUACAUCCAACGUUUUUCUACCUGUUAACAGAAGAAGUAUACUUUGCUCUUUUAGUUAAUAUUUAUAUUGUAAGUUUACUGCCUUUCUGAGUUAAUUGUUACCAGGAACCUCAUGAGCUCCUGUUGUUAGUUUAACACCACCAAUAUUAAUAACAACGAGUUUUAUUUGCAUGACCAUACAAACACAUACAGUAUUGCAAAAGCUAUGUUUAGGAAUCAAACUUACAACACAGGCAAUUAUGUUACUUUGACAAUAAUUUGUCACGAACAUCAAAACAAGCUGAAAUAUAUUUUAUGAAUUGUAUAUUGAUAAAGUAAUUAGAAGAGUUCAUCAGUUCAUUGAUCAAACCGUUUAUAGGUAACUCGGUAAUAUUUGGAAUCAGAGUCUUGACUUUAUAGUAAAAUGUAUUCCUAAUCAUAGAGUAUGUAGGACAUUGAAAAAGAAAGUGAACUUCGUCUUCUAUUACAUUGUAUCCACGAAAAGGGCAAUGGCUAUUAUCCUUCGUAGUUUGAUUGUGUCUGCCUAUUUCUAUCAUUAGUUUGUGAUUGCUUAUUCGUAGUUUUACUAAAGCCCUUCUCCAAGCUGGUCCUCCUGUUAAGUCUAAGUACCUAGAGGAAGUAUGAUCGGUCUUAAAAGAUCUAUAAAAUUCAAGUUUUUGAGAAUGUUGAAGAGUGUUUUGCCAAUAUGAGAUAUAUUCUUGUUUCAUUGAACUUACAUAGCUUUUUAUCGUAGCUAUAUCUAAUAUCAACUUUGAUAAAUUUGAGUUAUGUGUACAAUGUCUGGAAACUGGAAAAUUUAUUUUAACACCAUUGUAUGUUACCCGAGCAGAAAUGCUCUCUCCAAUUUGUUCAAGUUGACUUAAUAGACUCCCUGGUUGUCAUAAUAAACAACCUCACGACCUACAUCUCAGUUUUUCUGUACUUUGGUAAUACUCAAUGUGUUGGUUUUUCAUUAAGUCUUUUUAAGUUGUCAAAUACCAAUUUUGGACCAUAGACAUUUCUUCUAACUAUUGAAGCUCUUCGUAAGUAGAUCUAGUGUGUCAAAACCUACCCGUUUUACAUAUACUUUGUUUUUAUUUUAAACAGCUAUUAAUCUAAGCUUACCAUAUAGUUUAAAAAUAUCAAUGACUAAAUUUUCUUAUAUGUACCACUUUCUGCGUUAAUUUUGAGUGCAUUUCUCUAUUUGGUGUGACCCUUUCCAGUUUGAAGAGCUUUUUUCUCUCCGUUAAUAAUGCGUAUUCUUUUUCUGUAUUUUUCUAUAAUUUCAAUAUUUUCAUCACGUUUAUAUUAUUUGUUCUUGUUGGUUUUCGUUUUUGAUAUAAGAACCUUUUUCGGUCCUAUAUCCACAUUAAUUUCCCUUUACAUCCAAUGUGCAUACUUCUCAAGUCUUUCUAGGGUUAUUUGUAUGCAGGAAUAACACUUUUGUCAACACAGCGACCUUUCCACAAAGUCCAGGUCCUUAAUCAGACUAAAAGACACCAGCACCUUUACUUUCUUGGCCUCACAGUUAGUAUCUCUAGCCCUUUCCCUUUCAUGAAAACGAGGCCCUUUUACUACAUUAGGCGACUCCAGUAUCUAUGGCUUUUUGGCCGCGAUCCAGGAGUUAGUAUCUCCAGGCUUCCAAUGGAAGCCAGGACAGUUCUGGUAAAGUCCAGCAUCUUUUCUUUUUCUGGUUCUCAAGAGUUUGCAUCUCUAGCCUUUCCAUAAAAACCGGGUAAUUUUCAUCUAAGAAACAGUCAUUCCUGGCUUUUGGCUUGGCUAUUCCUGACAAUACUAACUAGAGAUAGUUUCUUAAAUAAGCCUUUCCAUGAAAUCCUGAUAAUUUUCUCAUAAGGAACAGUCAUUCCUGGUUUCCUUGGCUAUUCUUGGUAACUCUAGACUUGAUUUCUUCAGCCUUUCCAUGAAAGCCAGGUUAAAUUUUCACAUGGGGAACUGACAGUCAUCCCUCACUCUCCUGACUGUUCCUGGCAAUACCAGCUAGAGAUAGUUUCAUCAGCCUGAUAAUAUUUAUAUAAGGAACAGUCAUUCCUGGAUUUCUUGGCUAUUCUUGAAAUUCCGGCAGGAGUGAGUUCCCUCAGCCUUCCACCUGAACGCUUUUUAGAAUUAAAGAAGAGGCCACAAGAUAUAAGUUUACAAUCGGCAAAGGAGACUUUAAGGUUAUGUUACAUGUCGUUUUCGUUAAAAUUAACAAACCCUGAAUUUCAUCAUAUUAGUCUUAAACUUAAUAUACACAACAUACAGCACAAUUUUUACUACCAUUACCUCUGAAGCUGAAUUGUUUCUUAAGACAUCCAGCAAAAUCAAAACUUAUCAUAAAAAAAACGGCUAAAUUUAUACAACUUACGAAAAAGUAUUGGUUGAAUUACGAAAAAACUAAAGAGGAACACAGUUCAAUCAUUAUGAAAUUAUUAUUGAUCUAUUCCUGUGGAAGAUAAAUUUGUGAAAAAUUAUAUUAAAAAUUCAUAACUGCAAUGAACUGAAAUAAUUCCUUUGGUAUAAUAAAGUUUAUAUCACACGUUCCGGGACAUAGCUCACUGUGUGGUAAAACUUGAUUUAUCAAUUAAUAUAUUGCAACGCAUCACCUGUUUUUGUCUGUUUCUGUCUUUUAUUUGUGUGUCUCAUUGUUUUGGUCAUUCAAACAUUUUGCAACAUGUACUUACUGUGAUUUUUACUGUUCCCUCGAAUUUUAUGCCCACAUAGUGUCGUAGAAAAUGAAAUACGCUUUCGAGGGCAACAGUUUCGCACAAAGAAAACCCCCAUCAUUACUCAAUUCAAAAAAUCAUAAUCAUCGUAUUGUACAGAGUUUUAUCCUACUAAAAGGUCGGAGAUACUAAGACAAUUAUUGUGAAUUUCAACGUUGCAAUUAAUGACUGUCCCUAUCAUUCAUUUUUGCUUUUUUGCUCUAACUUCGAAGUCAGUUUUUGCUUUCAAUUUGCUAGGUAACUAGAGUAAGGUUAUUGAUGUUCAAGUCUCAGUUGUAUACUUCAUGUAUGGCUGAUGAAGGUCGUGAGAGCAAAACGUCGUUACUAGCUGAUAUUCGUGUAGAUAUAUUUAUAUAUUUUAUUUACUACAUAUGGUAAUCUCAAAUGCCAAAGUAAUAGGCCGCUCAAAUAUUCCCAUUUUGUGACCAAUUUUGGGCUCAAAAUUUUACCACCUUUCGUUUUGCAAACAUUUUUGGCAGAAUUUUGGGACCAAAUUUUGCUAUCUUCCAUUUUUGAUGGUACCAAAUGUUUGCUAACGUUUGUAGCCGGCUUUUGAAACCAUUUUAUGGAACCAACUAUUUUACCAGCAUUUUGGACCCCGGCCAGUCGCCUCUUCGACCCCUCCCCUGCUUGAAAGAUUUCUUUCUUUAGCAGCGGCCUCACGUUCCUGAAAGGGCCUCAGGCUUCGCUUCCUUACGCAUGAGCUUAACUCAUUAUCUAAGCGUAGUGACGGCCAAUGCUUUGAGCUAAGCGAUGAUAAAAUGCUUUUGUGGAAAGGUUUUUUUACCCACACAUCUAGAGAUGGAGGCGCCGAUUGCACUGUUAUGAUUAAUACCGAAUUUUAGCUAACCAGAAAGAGUACCAAAAUGAUAAAAAAAAAAGAAGUUAAUAAAACUGAUUUAUGAAUCUCCAGGUAACUUCCACCUCAAUAUUGAACUACUUGAGAGAAACUUUGUUUAAUCAGCUGCAGUCUCCUUUUGCUUUAGUCGUAUGUUUUUGUUUCCCGUAGGCUGUGAAGAGCCAUAUGAGGCUGGUAUGCAAAUGUCAUGGGAUUUCAGCCUCGUGCUCAUAUAGAACGUGCCUUAGAACCUUGGGACCGUUUGGUGCUGUAGGUGGGCAUCUUUACAACAAAUAUCUCAACGCUACCAAAGUAACAGUCCAUCAGGGCAGAAACCAACUCAUUGUAGCCGAUGGAAAAUAUCCAGGAAAGCUCUUAGAAGGUGAUCUUUGGUUCUUGGAAGAGUCCCCGGAUUAUUGCGUGCCCAACAACAGCACGGGAUCUCUGGGUACCACGGGAAGACGUUGCCACAAGACCGCCCCAGGCCCCGGGAAUUGCAGGAUUUUGUGCUGUGGGCGUGGCUAUAACACCCUUCAAGUCCGUGAAGAGUAUGAAUGUUCGUGCAAGUUUUAUUGGUGUUGCCGAGUAAAAUGCAAUACUUGCAGGAGAAUGGUUGAUAGUUACUUUUGUCGGUAAAUUGCCGCUAUCUAUACAAACGUUUAUAAUCUAAACAGACCUAAAUAGUCCUUAGGCCUAUGUUCGGCCAGGUUACCGCGAGCUCCGAGCUGAACGUCGGUAAUGUACUUCACGGUGGUCGUGAAAGCGUGGGAAAAUGCCGUACAAAGACUUAGGAAGAAGUAGGCUUCCUUCUGGUUCAAGCUGUCAGAAUAAUUUUUUAGCUGCCUUGGAGGAUAAGCCUUUGCUGUAUGAGUCCAGCCUCUGAUUUGUUAAGCUAUUUCCUGAUACUUCUAUAGCCUGCAUAGCAGGCGCUUGAAAGUUAUAUGCUCGAAAGAACGGGCACACGAUGAGGAACGCGAGCGUUCUUUCUUGCAAACAUUACUUCCAAGCGCAUGUUACAUAUGCUGUUACCUCUAGUUCUCUUUUAAUGUUCCUCAAAAAAGAGGGAAAUGAAUGUACACCAUGACGUCAUCUGUACGUUCUGGCGAAUGCACAUAACCUCAGUGUAACCAUGUUGGUCGGUACCCAAACAAUGUGAAAUAUUAGCAUAUCAACAGAGCCUAUUUCAGUAACAUUUAGGGCUUUGUAUGGAUAUCACCUGUUCUGCGCUUAAGCCUCUCUGCUUUUUCUUAGACGCCUGAACGCAUCCAUCCUUGGAGACCCAGGGGCAGAUAGUGGGGGCGAGAGAAAGUCUAAACGGGCGGAAAAGUAUGGCACGAAGAAAAGUAAAGAACGGCGAGAGAGCCCGUGGGUACAAUGUCUUACCAGACCAGUUCCAAACGGUCGCCGCCGUUCUGCCUUCUGAUUGGGCAGAAAAACACAAAAGUUUUCUGGCACCAAUCAGAAGGCAGAACGGCGGCGACCGUUUGGAACUGGUCUGUUAAGACAUUGUCCGCAGGGGCUCUUCUCGCCGUUCUUUACUUUUCUUCGUGCCAUAUUUUUCCGCCCGUUUAGACUUUCCCUCACCCCCACUAUCUGCCUCUGGGUCUCCGAGGAUGGAACGCAUCGGACGGUAUAUACUCAUAAUCAGCCUCCUCCUCAGGCACUUCGUUUUUCACACAGAGGCGAGCGCGAAACGCGAGUGACACUUGAGUGACUGGUGACGAGGCUCCAGGGACUAUGGGAAAUAUAAAAAUGAGAGGCAAAGCCUUCUCCUUCCGGCCUUCCUUUGCGCGCAAAUCGAGAGAAAGACGUCUAACUGCCAUUCAAGUUCAGAAUACUAUGGAAAACCAAUUAGCUCUGAACUGGUUAUCAUGUUAUCUGAUCGAAUGCAUAUCGGCAAUUUGUUAGGAAACUGGUUUAGCACUUUUCGGGCACCUGCUUAAUGCACACACCCCGAAUUUAUGACAGACAGUUUUCUUUGUUCCUGGCGAUGGAAACCUCGAAAUAUUUUCUCUUACACAUGCUUAUAAUGACACCGGUAAUACGGAAAAUGGACACUUUCAAAUGAAGCUUUUUCAUACCAAAAGUAUUAGUGAGCGGUCGGACAUGAGUAAUAUGUAAACUGUUAUCAUAUUGCCAAUGAAAACCUAACCCUGAGAGCCGAGAUGUCUUUUAAAAGUGUUUGCUUAAUAUUCAUUCCGUUAACCGUCAUUAACUUAAGACAGUUGCUCCUUUUGUCAUCCAGUCCACCCUAUUCAUUGAAAACGUUAACUGCUUCUCACCAGCUACGCAAGCAUAAGGAUUCUUCAUUUCAGCACAAAAAACAAAACGGUCUAGUGAUAAAUAUAAGCACACUCGUAAAUUCAAGCACAAGAAUCAAUUUUUUUCUUUAUUUGCAAACCUGUCUGCGCAUGCGUCGUGAUAAAGUCACGUGGUCAACUGUUAACCAAUCAGAUGUUUCAGUGAUUUUUCCCUUUCGUUUUGACAUUGCUUUUGUGGCAAAGCUUGUUUUCUAAUUUUACGUACUUUUAGACAUUCAUAUAUAAACGGAAUAGAGAGGCCUCGACUGAAAACCACCUUGGCGAGUUUGGCUCUAGUCAUGAAAUGUUAUUAUUUCUAUUAUUGUCAUUGUUUUUAUGAAGAAAAUAUUUUAAGGCGUUAGUUUUAUAAAAGGAAACGUUAAGUGUCGGAUGGUUAACUAACAAAAGAUAAGAAGACUUUAUGCCUGAGGCUAAAAGACAUUUGCAGCCGGAAAGUCAAUUUGCCAAUGCAAUUCAAGAGACGAUAUUUGUGUGUUUACCGAUAUUCCUUACUAAUUCACUUAACCUUAAGGCACCAAUCAGUGAGCAUACAAUUUCUCAAGACUGUUCCCCAUACAUUACCUUGAGGAAUUAGCUGGGAGAAUUUGCUAGACGAUCAAAACAUUUUCCUUUGAUGAUCAUUUUAUUGAUUCUCCUAACCUUCUCUCUUUAUGAUGUAGUGAAAUGGUUAGGAGAAAAGGGUUUUACGAUUUUGUUACGGUUUACGAUUUUAUUAAAAUAGUAGCUCUUAUCAAUUUUUCUCUCUUGCUUUAAUACUUUUAAAACCACCGGCUCUGAAGUGGAGUUUGCUUACAAAGAGUCGACGAUGGGAGUUUUCAGUCUUGAUGAGCUAUUAUGGAGACCGGAUACGAAUUCAGUAAAUAACCAUAUCUUAUUAUAGGAUGUUUCAUUGUCGUUGUCAUUCAGCAAUUGUUACUUAGAUAGUAUGGCCGAGAGAGCAAGAAUGUUCUUUACUGAAUCGAAAACUGCUCAUUGUACCGUGAUGAGACAGGUUUGAGUGGAACAAAUUAUAAAUCAGACACUCGCAUCUCUUUUUGAUUACUGCGUACAAGAAUCACGAUCAACACAGUCGUACUUGUAGAGAACAUGGGGCGGAACCCGACCUGCUUUUUCGCUGCUUUUCUGCUAACUUUUCCAAUACUUUCGUCCUCUGAUUGGUGGUAAGUUUAAACGUCUAAUUGAUUUAGAAUUCGAGCUCAGUCAAAAGUGAAACCUUCUGCGAAUUGAUAUUUUGUUCAGAACAGCCGUUUUACGGAAAUUAUUCGACAUUAGAUUCUCAUACAAACACUGUAAUUUCUCACGCGUUUGCCUACUCGUCGAGAUGGCGUCGAAAACCGUGACAAGGUCUAUUUGAUAUAAAUUCAUAUAUUCAUCGAUCAUUGCUCGCGUUUGUUUCACUAGGUUUAUGUCUCAAGUGUACGACCUUGAUUCCAAGGUUAGGUGCAACAGCGCUGAUUUAGUUAAAGAACAACGACAAUUUUGUGAAGAAAAUCCUGAUAUUGCGAUCAGCAUUGGAAAGGGUGCGAAACUUAGUAUAACAGAAUGUAAGAAACAACUCAAGGAGGAAUUAUGGAAUUGUUCUACAAACACUCGUGAUGUCAGCCUUUUCGGUAAAGUUCUGCGAAAAGGUAAAGGAAUGUCUUAAUUACCAUGGUUCAGCAUGAAAACAACGUACGGAAUUUUUAGGAGAAAGUUAAAAGAAGAAUAUAUACCACAUAAUGGUUAAAAACGUUUAAGUUAUAAGCUACCAGCACAAUUGUUAAUGCUCUGUUCGACAAGGUUAUUUCUCUCGCUAAUUAUCAGAUCGCAUCAUUGUACAACAAGUUACUAAGACUCUGCCUAUUGUAACAGCCCUUGAAAUUCCUGACUUUAUCUUGCAACAUUCUUUAUUUUGCUCCGUGCAAGGCUUGGUAAGACGGAAACGUCGAGAAGCGCUUUUUUUUCGGAGGUUUUACAUUAGUCUGCAUUUAUACUUACCUAUUAAAAGGAGGCCAUGAGUUCUUACUACAACUCUAUGCGUCGCAAAUAAAAUCAUGAGACAAUUUGCGAGAAAACCGUGAGAGUCGUCUAAUGCAUAAGCCUCUGUCCCCAAAUUGACGUUUUUCACUUUCGCUGAGUGUUCGUGCAAACUUUCCCAUUCAUUAGGUUUUCCUGAUUCAGUUUUGACAUUGAAAUGUUGUGGCUUUUUUUAGCUUCCCGAGAGACCGCCUUUGUCUAUGCUAUAACUUCCGCUGGAGUUGUUCACGAGGUUACAAAAGCUUGUUCUCGUGGUUUACUGAGAGAAUGUGUUUGCAAUAAUACACAGCAUCAAGGAAGAAAUGGUCGAGGCUUCCAGUGGGGUGGUUGCAACGACAGCAUUGAACACGGUCUGAAAUACGCCAGUGAGUUUAUAGAUUCUCGAGAAAAGGAACAAGACGUAAGAGCAAAAAUUAACCUCCACAACAACUUUGUUGGAAGACAUGUGAGUACAUCAUCUAAUACACCAUUCCAGGGUUUCUUCAACUUUUGACUGGGACCGAGAGAGAAUGAGCUGGGACAAGUUAGCGAAAAUCCGUCAACACGGCUGGAAAGAACAACUAAAAAUCAGCAAAGUUGCCAAGUUUGAAAGUGAUUUAUUAAAAACUUACGAAGAUACAGCUCUGCAAAGGCGCGAAAUUUUACAGACAUUUUGUAUGGUGGAGGCAAGAACCAUGAAACGUUUGUAAAAUUUCGCGCAUUUUUGGAGAAAUAUCUUCGCUUGUUUUAAACGUAUCGCCUUUAAACCUAGCAAGGCACCCUAUUUUUAGGUUCUUUUUCCAGUAGUGUCGAUGGUUAUUCGCUUAGUGAUCUGUAUACAGCAAAAGUUGGGAAAAAAACCGUGGAAGGGUGUCUAUCAGAGCAUCAGAUUCAUUCUUCAGAAACCACGUCAUUCUGAGCCCAAAUAUUGGAAGUUGUUUGUUUUUGCUCCUGAUUUGCCCGGCCCACACUAUACUGGCCUUUGUGCUAUGAAUACUGUCGAGGGUAAAUAAAGAUUUAUUAUUGCGUUUUCAUUAUUAUGUUGGUCUAAUUGUUUGUUUGAUUUUCUGUCAAAAACAACCUUGUCCCCAAAACUUUGUGUUCGUUUGAAUCGAUAGUGAUCAGUAAGACAUAUUAGCGACGCUGAAAACGUGGCAAACCAUUUUUACGCCAUUUUUACCUUUUUUUCGUAGUUUUCUGUCCCUGGUCACAGCCCUAGGGUAACUUUACUGCGAUGAAUUCACAUUUUAAACAGUCUGUCUGUGCUCGAUUUUUCUAAACGAGUGCCUUAAUAUUUAUUUUCCACCUCUUUUUUGAGACGCGAAUAACUUGCCCCAAUAUUUCCUCCUGAAUCAGUAGUCUGUGACGUAUUUCGUAUAUUGAGCAGAUCAAGACGUUGGUUUGAAGUCCUUUCAAUUAUAACUUCUUCAAUAGUUAAAUGCUUAUCUACUAUCUGAACGAGUAUCUUUUUGUGGUACUUUUCAAUUUUUCUGCAUGUCUUCAAGCCCUCGGCAUCUAUUUUUCCACAGUCACAUGCAUGACUGAAAAACUUGAAACCGAAGUGGCCAAUUCUCUUCACCUCACCAGUUACUAAAACAUACAAUAAGACGUGUUCAUUUAUACGUGGGUAGCCUGUACCCCGCCAGCAGAGAUUCUCCCUUGCAUGGCUUUUAGCGCGUUUACGAAGUCGUUCUUGCGUCGCUUGUCUGUCGCGUAUGUGGCUAACAAGAGACGCGAACGACUUCGUAAACAUUAACUGAAUAGCCAUGUAACUGAGGGAAACCUCUGCUUGCAGGGUAAUGCGUGGGGUCCCAAACCACUUUUAAUUAACUCAAGCGCUUUCCCAAGAAUAUUAUUUGCCUUAAGUGUACCGUCAGUUAACAAUCAUAGCUAUAUACUACUUUGUUAAGAAACUUAUUUGCCUUAAGUACACACUCAGUUUACAAUCAUAGCUAUAUAUGCUUUCUUAAGAAGCUUAUUUCUCCUUAAGUAGACACUCAGUUUACAAUCAUAGCUAUAUAUGCUUUCUUAAGAAGCUUAUUUCUCCUUAAGUAGACACUCAGUUUACAAUCAUAGCUAUAUAUGCUUUCUUAAGAAGCUCAUUUCUCCUUAAGUAGACACUCAGUUUACAAUCAUAGCUAUAUAUGCUUUCUUAAGUAGUUUAUUUUCCUUAAGUACACACUCAGUUUACAAUCAUAGCUAUAGGUAUUGAAGGAUAGUAAAUAAAUAUCUGUAUAUUAUACAAUAUACAAAAGUACUGUCCUGUUGACGCUUCUAUUGAAAACUUAAUCAAAUCACGGUCCAGUGAGGUCCCGACAUUACAAUUACCUCUUAGCAGGUUUCCCAAUACGCAGGAGGGUUUAGAAACAAAACUUUAAUAUAAGAUAAGCUUUUUAAAUACUCCGAGGAAAAGAUCUCAGUUCCCUUUUGAUUGGGAACGAGGUCUUUGUUGAGCGUGAUAAGAACAUGUACUUUGAAUAGACUGAGGCCUAUAGCUAUUAGGCUACAUUAAUUCACUUUAUUGCGUGGGAAAGCCGCUUUUUCCCAUUAUCAUGGCACUUAUAUUUCAUUGUUUUCAUAACAGAAUUAACGAACUAUAAAAUCACCAGAAGUCCAAAUAUGGAAAACGUGAUUUUACUUUGUUGCAAAUUUAACUCAGGCUUGUCGCUAAAAAUAGCCGUAUUGGAAUGUCGAAUAUUGGCGAUGUUACCAUGGGUCACUUCUCUAAUACGAGCGACUUAAGUUCUGGCACUGUGGUUCGUAGUACAGUUAUUUUUGAAGCAAGAAACGUGUUCCGUUUUUAAUUUGUAAACACCCUAAGGCUGUUCUAGAAUGAUUUUCGGGAGGAUAUAUGGGAGGCGAGAGUCAUGGAACAGCGAAGCAGUGUUUCUUGAAAGACAAUUCGGUUUUUUUGGACAUCCCACAAUAAAUACAGAUAACGGUUGAAUCUUCGAAAAAAUAUGAACACAUGUUUGAUUGUACUGAAGCGACCAGGCCGUUUGGCGCGUGGUCUGAUCUUUAUGUUCUCUGUAUGUACUAUGCUACUCAGACCAUACAAAGAACUUUCGUUGAUAUAAACAAGGAACUGCACACAGCAUUUUAAGUAGAAAAUUGCACGCAACAAAUUCUCUUCCAUAAGUGAGGUGCAUCGGAACCUUUUCUCCGAAGUAGCCUGUACACAGAAGGCUUUCCUUUUUUUCGACAAAUUAUUCGACAGCGCGAGAGAAAAAAAAAAAAAAAAACGGAAAGGAAUGUCUAUUUUCUCUUCCACCCUGUUCUGUAGUAAUUUGUACUAAUUUUGUCGUGUUUUGUAACACAUAUUGCAAAAUUGUAAGAACUUUGUUCUAAGGGAAAGUUCAUUUAAUAUGACAAGGGGGGGAUGAAGAUAUUGAGGGGGGGCUCCGAAAAUUUUUAGACACCCGAAGGGGGGGCUCUGAAAAAAUUGUUGCGCUAGGAGUGGGGGCUCCGAAAAUUUGUAUACUUCAAAACCAACACAUGACAUCAUCAUACAGAUCGGAUGGUUUUCAACUCAACAAUUUACUGACCAGUGCAACUCAGCUAUAUCACGUGGUUUACAGAUAUAACAAAUGUAGUCUCAGUAAUUAUUACACUCUUGUUCAUCCCAAAAAUGCUUUAGAAAAUUGUAUCACAACUGUAUCUCAAGUUUGUCAUAGUAUAAACCAUUGAAGACAAUAACGGUAAAUAUAUUUAAUACAGUCUAGCGAUCUUUUUUUGAGGGGAGCAAAGGAAUUGAAGGAGGAGGGGGGGGGGGGCUCUGAAAUUUUUUCGACUACCAAGGAGGGGGCUCCUAAAAAAUUGAAUCGCUAGCGAGGGGGGCUGCUAAAAUUUCAAGCUUCGAGUUUCAAUAUCUUCAUCCCCCCCCUUGUCAUAUUAAAUGAACUUUCCCUAAUUAGUAAUUAGUAAUUAAUAAGAAAAGCUGACGCAAUUUGUAAUAUCUUUGUCUUGGUUUGUAAUAAUAAGCAUUCUUUACACUUAAGGGACUUGUUUCGAGAGUGGUUUUUGAUCGUCAAGGGGACAGUACAAGGUUGAUAUGAAAGGACACAAUGAUUUCAGCUCUUUUUUAGGAACAACCUGUUAAAUUUUGAAAGAAAAACUAAGGUACACUGCUCGCAAAUUAUGAGAGGUUUGCUUGUUACAAAUUAUGACAGCUUUUUUUUUUUUUACAAAUUACGACAAAGUCCUUACAAAUUGCUACAGGUUUUACAAAUUACGACAAAAUUAUUACAAAUUACGACAGAACACACCCCCAUCCCUUUCACCUGUGGUCAAUAAAUCCCUCGUGUGUUGAGGAAAUAGAAGGUCUGUGAACAGGCCACUCGGCAAGACCCCUCGUGUCUGGACACUAACCACCUCCCAUUUAGUGACCACUAAAUCUUGGCAUUUGGGAGGUCGAUUACGUGCGGGAAGUUCGACUUUAUUUCUUUUUGUUUUAUGUAGGCUGUUAAGAUCCACAUGAGGCCGGUCUGCAAAUGUCAUGGACAUUCAGCUUCUUGCCUGUAUAAGACGUGCUACAAAAGGGUUCCACCGUUUGGUGAGGUAGGCGUGUAUCUUCGUGAAAAAUAUUACAACGCUGCCAAAGUAACAGUCCAUCAGAGCAAAAACCAGCUCGUUACGGUCGAUGGGAAAACUACAGAAGAGCUCUUAGAAGAUGAUCUUUGGUUCUUGGAAGAGUCCCCGGAUUAUUGCGUUCCCAACAACAGCACGGGAUCUCUGGGUACCACGGGAAGACGUUGUUACAAGACCGCCCCAGGCCCCGGAAAUUGCAGGAAUUUGUGUUGUGGGCGUGGCUAUAACAGCUUUCAAGUCCCUGAGAAGUACGAUUGUACCUGCAAGUUUUAUUGGUGCUGCCGGGUAAACUGCGAGAUUUGUGGGAGAGUAGUUGACGAACACGUUUGCCGGUGAAUAUCAUGAAGCCUGCAGCUUUGACUGAGAUGAAUGGCUGUGAAACUAGAGACCUUUAUAUUCUAACCUUUAGAUUCGGAGGUGUUACUUGACCAAUAUUUGGGUAUAGGUGAGCCGCUGAGGGUUUCAAACCCUGGCCCUGUUUAGGACAAAAAAUUCUUAGAAUACAUACUCUGUUUAGGACAACACCCUCCAUUUUAUUACCCUGUUUAGGACAAAGGACACAAGGCAUGCCGCCUUGUUUUGGCAAUUGCGAUAAAGCAAAUUUACAUAAUUGCUUUUGUAUACUUGGGAUACAAACAAAUUUCAUCUAGCAAAUCAAAUCAAUCUUGCAAGUAAUACCCUGUUUAUAAUUAGGACAGACUCCAACGAAAUUAUAUAUUACACUGUUUAGGAUAGAGAGCUAAAAAUUAAAACAUACCCUGCCCAGUGGCACAUCCCCGUAUAGGCCAUAUAAGGGAGUACUCCUCCCCAGACCUACAAUCCUCUUUCAGUAUCAUGCCUGCUCAAAAUCAUCUUGCAAUACCGUAUUGUUAUCUCCAAUUCUCAUCUAGUAUCAUGCUUACCUAAAAUCCUCUUGCUAUACCGUGUGAACCGUAUUUACCCAAUGUGCAGUACCAUGCUUACCACAAUCCUUUUGUAACUGCAUAGUAAGUGUUCUCCCUUUUGCCUCAGAAAUGGUAGUUUUGAACGAUUUUGAUGGAUUUUGAAAAAGGACGACAAUUUACCGUAGGUAAGGUAAUACAACGUUUAUCAUUGAUCCAUGCACAUAUUAAGCGAUAUAUCGAUAAAAAUGAAGCAAACGGUAAAUACAGUACAUUAAUUAUAAAAUAGGCCAUUUGCAUGAUGACGUCAUUUUACUACUAAUACCAGAAUCCUUCAAGAUUGGGGUUAUCGUUAUUUAAACCUCCUUGGGAUUGCCAAAUUUAAAUAUGACAGGAAAAAUGGAGAGGAUACUGGUCGAAGUAGUAAAGUGACGCCAUCGUGCAAAUGUGCAAAUGCCAUAUUACAAUCAGUGCACAAAAAAAUUGUGUGGAUUCCCCUGAGACUAAACUUGCGCGCUCAUGACAAAUGUUGAUCACUUCCAACCGCCCUUGACAGCUCAGGUAGAAAAUAAUGUACGCCAUUCAAACAUUAGCCCGCAUAGCAGGCGUCAGUUUUUUAGGGCGAAUGAUAAAUAUUGAGGAUGCGCGCGCGCACGAGAAGAGAAAAAUGGAGAAGUGCCUCCUCUCCCCCUCGCGUGUUCCCCUCGCGCGUUUUGCAAAAGCUAACCUAACCAAAGAAACUAACCGGCGCCUGCCACGCAAGCUACUUAAACAUAAGACGUAUAUUAAAGCGUAAAUCGUGUCUUUCAGCCUUAACCAUUAAAUAUUCUGGAAAAAAGUGGACACACACGUGACUGGUAAUCAUAGAAAAAUAAAUUUAAAUGAAGAUAUUAUCAGGAGAAUUCUAAUCGCAAUUAGGUAAUUGCACACUAAGCUAAAAAUCUUUUCAGGCCUAUAGAAAAUGAUAAUUAAACGUCUUUUAAGGCCUUCAAUGGGAUUCGAACCCCGGCGUAGCCUCUGCAUUAUCGCUGGAGAGGUCCAAACCCGCGCACCGUUAAAACUAUUCUACAAUAAAUAAUUUUUAUCCGACAUGGCCGUUAGACGUUAUUUCCUAGUAUUAAAUUUUAAUUAAGUAGAACCUAAAAUGCUAGCAAUUGGCCAUUUCGAGACUGUUUAGGGGACACUAUCGCUUCGACUGCGAGGUUGCACAGAAAACUGGGUCAAAGUUGGUCCACCAAAACAAUCCCGCAGACACAUCACCCCCCCUCAGUCACGUGCAACAUCAAAAUAGCCAAUCAUGAAACCUUUCCUGGUCUGAUGGGUACGUGUAAGGGGGGUCUGAAGCCCCCACGAUCCCCCACCUGUGUGAAAUUCUCUAACCUAACGUUUUGUGGAGGAUUUGAACACUCGUCGACUUCCUCCUCGGCUCUCAUUCUGGACAUAGGUGAGGUCUCAAAUAACGACGAAGUUUUGAAAGAACGUAAAUUCACCAUACUAGUGACCUUUUUGUUGCCGUCUUCGUUGUCGUUGUCAACGACAAACAAUGGUCACGAACGGACUGAAAAUAGAGCUGAACUUUCAUUUACAACUUCUACUUCGGUUAUUACAGUAUGCACGUGUACGUUAUUUAGGACCAAUAGGUUUAUUUUCUUUAAUAUCUGCUAUCGCUUUUUUGCUUUGUCCAAGGUCUAUUAAGCCUCGCUUACAUGCAACUUAACAAAUCGACAAUACUUCUCCAAGGUUUGUACUCUUAUCGAUCAUAGAAAUGACUUCAAAAUGUUCAAAACUCAAGUGAAACAACAAGCGGCAAAGUAUAGACCAUUGAAAAAUUGUUGUCGAUUUUUUAUAAUAACAUUGACGGUUUUUGACGUCCAUUUCCGUUGAAGUUUCUCGGAAAAUCGCGCGCACAAGAAAGAGAAAAACAAAUUGCGCCACCAUCACGUCAUUUCUAUGAUCUGUUCUCUUAUCAGACCAAUCAGCGCGGGAGAAAUCGCUCAGUUAUUCUAAAAUUCCGUUUUUUUUUUUUCUGGAAUGGCGAAUUGAGCCGCGACUUUGGCAAAUGAUUGCUUUUUUCGUGGUCCUGGUCAGUUGUCAAAGUAGGCUAUAAUUUGGGAAGAAUGAAAAAAGGAAGAAAAAAAGCGCGAGACAAACGUCACCACGUUCUAACGCCUGAUCUAGGACUAAACAACUCCUACCAUUAACCCUGGAUUUUUCCUUUGUUAUCAACAGCCUCUGUUAAGGUAUUUUUCAAUACCCUUACUUCUCUUUAACCCUAUAAUUCCUAAUAUAAAAAUUAAAAUUCUCAUUUACUGUCCCUAUACUUUUUUGAUAGAAGUAGUGGGGAGAAUUUGUUAAAAUAUUAAUUAGACUCAUCUGUCCUGAUCAUGUACUCAAUUUUCAAUUCUCAUAACCACUCUGCUUUCUAAAAUUUGAAAUUUCAUGCUGAUCUUUCUUAGGGCUUAAAGGGUUAAUGUUGCCUUAAGCAGAGGAAAAUAGAUACCACGAGGUCAUCUGUUCAGUUUAACAGACAAAGUAAGGUCAGCAACCAACAUUUAUCAAACAAAUUUUAGUGAAUAACCGAUUUUAGCUUGUUUAGUAUACUGAAUUUUUACAUUUUAAUAUUUAUGAUGAUAUGAAUUUUUAAUGUUGUUGCUUAGCGUCUUAGAAAAGUUUGUCUUACAGGACGGGGCGGUCAGCGGCAGGAACGAGAAGGAUUCAAGGAUUUUCCACAGCAAUUUAUUAGAAACUCAAAUUCAUCAGCAAUACAGCAAUGGUGACGUCAACAAUCACAUUGCUGAGCACCAUUGACAGACGAAACAUGAAAUUGACUGGGACAUUAGAAAGCUGGUUUACUAUUAAACUUAGAACAAACGCCACUGAAUCGUAGCCAACAGUUACCGGCGCCGUACAAACGACUUAUUGACAAGAUCAAGCAAAACUUACUACGAGAGAACGACUGGAGAACUGACAAUUUGACUAACAAUAGAGAACUGUUUAACUGUGAGAAUAGACGGAUGGAAACGCACCAAUUACUGAUUACGAGUGUUCAUAGCUAAUAACAUCACGGCUUAACUGACAGACGACCAAUAACAUCGUGACGUAAUUGACCAAUCAGAUCAAUAACCGGAGUAUAAUACCAUCAACGGACGUGAUACAACUAACCUUGACUCUGAAGAUGACUACCGCACAGGUUGUCGAAACGUCAGUCACUGUCAACAACAACAGUCCUAUUUAGGACUACUUUCACCCGGACGAUCAAACUCAACCUACUUUUGAAAUGACUCCUAGGUUCAAACCUUUCACAAUCCCACUAAUCUUAAAAAGAUAAGGUCAGUUAACUGAUUAAAACAAUCCACCGAAAAGAAAAACCACAAAAAGCUAAUAUCCACUACAGCAUUUAGACAAGGCACACGCAAAAUCAUUCCUAAGCGAUGCACAAGCUUGCUAAAUCAAACCGGAAAAUUCCUAAGCGCAAAACUAUUAGAAGCAAAAUAUAAAAAAAGUAAUGCAUUUCUUGAUAUAACUGAGAGUAGUGAAAUUAUAGGUCUAGUGACCCUGUCACACUUAGUUUACAUAUUGUAUUUUUUUCCCGUCAUACCGAAAAUGAGCUGUUCGACGAACUGUAAAACGUUCAGUAAAUCUCGAGUUUAAAUAAAGUGCUCUGUUCUGUUCUAUGCGUCUUCAAAUGGCGCUUAUGCAUAUGACGUCAGGGUUUCCAUGUUGGUGUAUCCAAACAAUCUGAACUAUCUGCAUAAUAACAGAGCUUAUUUCCGCAUCAUUUUGGGUAAAAAUGGCAUAACCUCCAUGGCUUUAUGUGGUUACCCAUUGACGUCCGCACCCAUCCUCAGCUAUUCAAGAAAAAUUGGAGACGAAAAAAUUGUUGAAGAAAACAGUUGAUUCAGAUUAGACAAAACUUUCAAUAUCUCAACUGUUUGGUUGCAUUCCGACGUUAAAAAAACAGCAGCGAGGCUUCAAAGUGAACUGGAAUUUGAGCAGGCGAGCUCGGACCGCUCAAGAAUGAUCCUAGGCACUUGUAUACCUCAAGGCAAUAUUCCAUUUUAACGACACACUCUUUGACUGGCACGCUUCUGAAAAUAAGUGUAAAAGCACCUAAUUUAAAGAAACUAAACGAUAACUGACGAAGGUUUUGAAGAAAAUCGCAGAUCUAUUGAGGGGCUUAGCUAGAAACUUUGCAGAGGUACGCAGAGUUUUUCAAAUCCAUCCUAACCCGCCUCUCAAAUCAUUUUAUGCGCAUCACGAGGUAACCGCUUUUUAUUUCCUUUGCUUUGUCUUUGUUUUUAUUAUUCUUCAAAUUCUUUUUUUUCAAAUACGCAAAUGCGUCUUUGCGUACAGGUAGUUACGCCCCCACAGUACCCUUAACCUACGUCAGGCUACUCCAGUCAGCUCAUCCAUUCCCUGUUAAUAACUGGUUCUCACUGGCUACCCAGGCAUAAGCGCAAGCAUAAAAGUCCUCAUUUCGCCCUCAAAAGGGCCUAGACACAAACAUAAGCACAGGCGCACAUAAAAGCACAAGUAUCAAAACUUUUUAAGUUAUGGUCCAGAUAAGAAGGAAAGAACAACACGCAAAGAACACUUCGGCAUGCAAAAAGGUGCUAUACAACGUUUGUGAUGGGUUUAAACAUCAGACUUUACGAAAUCUUCGCAAAGAGCAUGUAUAUUAAUCCUUUGUUUUCUAACCAACUACUUCCUUAUAACAAAAUCUCUUCUGAGUCUAAGUAACACAGAAAUCCUAUCUGAGGAACACGUAAAAUUGUAAACUUUUCUUGGCUGUUGUUUUUAACUCUUAUGAUUGGUCGAAAUCUUUUAACACAAAAAAUCACCCUUUAAAAAUGGAGUUUAAAUACAUUUUAUUUUCUAAACUGCCUUUAUGUAGGUUUAAUGUGCAUUCUCUAUGUGAAAAUGAAAAAAUUCCUUUCUAGGGAAAGCGUAUUGCGCCAUAACAAAAUAAGUUGCUUCCCUUCUUACCGGAUCAUUAACUGCGCAUGCGUAGCUUAAAAACCACCUGGUCUUGUGUUAACCGAUCAGGGCCGGGUAUUUCGAAGCUCAGUGAACCCUAAUCCCGAGUUAACUGUAAACGGAGCAAAUAAGUUGUCAUAGUAACUAUCCUUGGAUUUGCGCUAAUUACAGGUAUCAUUCGAGCAACUCCGCCAUGAUGUUGUUAGCCGAUAAAGCUUUCCCCUUCUUUUUCGCUUUUCUGUUGGGUUCAGAGUCCGCUGUCGAUUUUAUGGACUCCUACAACGCCGGGCAUUUAUGACAAAACAUAUACCUCAAGAGUAUAUGUUUACACAAACGGUGCAAACGGUGCUCGGACCUACAACACCAUACCGAGAAUCAUUAAACAAGUAGAGACGCUCAGCGAAUUUAAAAUCAAGAUAAAGCGCCUUUUUAAUCAGUAACGCCUGUGGUACAUGUUGCAUUUGUAACUUAAUUAAUUUUCUAGUUUUAGUGUCUUUGGUUUUGUGUUGUGUCAGGGCCGCCAUUAAACUACAGGGGCACCCAACGACGGUUUCCUCCUAAAUAGAUUGAGAACACUUUUUAAGGCUAUCCAGAGCACUUUUAGAUCUCUUGAAAUGCAUGCCUUGUGGAACUAUAAAAUUUGUAUCUGUUCGGUCAUCUUAUGGGAACUUGAGUAUUUUCGAAAUGGUUAGGGCUCUAAUAUUACUUUCCCGAAAAUUUUAGAUGCAAUAUAACGUUUUUCGAAAGUGAGAAUUUUCGUCAUUUCUCUUUACAUCGCGUUUUUGAAUCCGAAAAUUUUAGGUUUCCUUUUCACUACGAAAAAUAGCCCAACCUGGGGAGUAAAAUGUGAAAAAUUAGACUUCAGAAAAUCGUAGCGGAUUUAUUGGAAAAUAUUUGAAAAUUGUACAUGAAUGGAACCGCCAUCUGGAAAUUUUUAGCCGUGCUCAAGUUACAGAAAAUUCUAGGCAAUAUUUACGUAAUAUUUGCUUCUCCGAGCAGAUAUUUUAGAGAAAACAGUCGUAGGGUGCCCCUGAAACUAGCUCAGUAUGCUUAAUUGGAUGCCCCUGGAUAAAUAUUGAUGAAAAAAAAAACAAAACAAAACCAAAAACAAAACAAAACAAAAAAACACACACACAGAACAGAGAGACCUCACUGAAAACCGCCUGUUGGCUAAUUGGGUUCCAGUCAUUAAAUAUUGGCCACCUUAAGCAACACCGACGGCGACGGCUACGCUGCCUAAAACUUUUUCGCGCUUAUUCCAUCUCGUUUAAUUCGUCAAAUGUUGGCAAUUUUUUUGGAGUUGAAUUCUAAAGAACUGUAUCAAAGUUCAGAAAAAGAAAAAGAAAGUUGUUGUCUUGUGUUUCCGUCCUCGACGAAACGUGAAAUUAGGCACUUUUGCAAUAGGGAGCUUAAGCAACAACGGCGGCGACGGCAACGAAAACGUCACUUAAGAAAGUGAAUUCGCAUUGCUUCAAACUUUAUCGCGCGUAUUCCAUCUCGUUUACUUCGUCAAAUGUUGGCAAAUGUUUUAAGAGUUGAAUUCUAAAGGACUGUGUCAAAGUUCAGGAAAAGAAAAAGGAAAGUUGUCGUCUUGUGUUCCUGUCCUCGACAAAACUUGAAUUUAGGCACUUUCACCUUGUAGUCGUGCAAAAAAAUGUACAAAAAAAGCGUGGUGCACUUGCAAAGUUGUUGUUUUACUAAUCUAAACCUAUUGCUUUUUUGCCGUUCUUGUUGCCGUCGCCGUCGUCGUCGCUUAAGCUUCCUGUUACUGUUAGUACUACAGUAGAAACUCGAUAACUCGAACUUCCGCUGACUCGAACUUCCGCUAACUCGAACUAAAUUUCCUUUCCCUUGAUCAAAAUUUCACCGAAAUUUAUCCCGAUGACUCGAAUUCUGGUUCUUGUAACCCCACUCGGAUGCCAUCCCAUUAGCUCUUCUAGUUAUUUAAUCGGUAAAAACGCUAAGGCUAAUAAUCAUGUUACCGUUUUUUAUGGAGUAAGUAAAUCGCACUGCACUAUAGACACUGAAGUGCUGAAAAAUAAGUAACUAUCGUUUAUUAAAGUAGCUUAAAGUGGCGUAUUGAAAUUUCGAUCGAUUCCGAUAACUCGAAUCCCCACUAACUCGAACUGUUUUUCGUUUCCCGUCAGAGUUCGAGUUACCGGCGAUCUACUGAAUUUUUAUUAGAGAUAUCAAACGAAAAUAUUUUUGAGAGCGUAGUCUUUAGCACUUAAUGACUUCCUAAUAAUAAUAUGUUUAUAAAAGAACGAUAUUUAUCGUCGGCUCUAAAACUUACAAACAACAAAAGGGCCUGAGGCGAAAUACAUUUGAAUGUAUUGAUUAUACUGACAAAACGUCCUGUCAAUGCAAAACAUUUGAGUGUUUAGGGAUAUCCCUCAAAUAGUUAAGUUAAGCAGGCCGGCAGUUUCCUUGAAAGACUGAACUCUUCUAUGUAUUUUUUUUAAAGCUACCGUCUCUGAAGUGAGGUUUGUUUUUAUAAACUGCAUAAGAAACGUUUUUUUUGAUCGGCUACCGGAUAUGAAUUAAACUUCUUACGAUGAUGUUUCAUUGUUGUCAUUUUCAAGUACGAUGAUGAUCACUUACGUAAACAAGUGGCCAAUGGUGAGAGAAUGUUCUUCCAGAAAAAAAAAAAAAAAACACCAUUGUGUUGCAAUCAAAUAGUUUUGAGCGGAAAAACUUUCAACUGAGACGUCUCAGUCUUUGUAAACUGCGCGUAAGACACCGAACUGGGAACAUGGGAAACUCGGUCUGUUUUUUUGCUGUUCUUGUGUUAUCCUUUCCAAGACUGUCAUGUUCUUACUGGUGGUAAGUUUAAACGUCUAACUGAAUAUAAGAAUUCUCACGAGUUCCACCGGAAAUUUGUUCUCCAAAAUAAUGCAAGAAGUGUUAAAAGUAAGACGUAAGUGGAAAGUCUUGAUGACUAUAUAUAAUUUGUUUCUGUUAUGCAUGUAUUAGGUUUAUGUCUCAAGUUUACGAUCUUGAUGUUCAAGUUAUGUGUAACAGAGCUGGUUUAGAUAAAGACCAAAAACGAUUUUGCGAAGAACAUCCUGAUAUUGCGAUCAGUAUCGGGAAAGGUGCGAGACUUGGUGUGCAAGAAUGUCAGAAACAGUUAAAGGAAGAGUUAUGGAAUUGUUCAACAGUUGCUCGGGAUGUCAGCGUUUUCGGAAAAGUUCUGCGAAAAGGUAAAAGAAACAGUUAUAGUGGGCUGUCGGAAAGCGAGCUAUCACGAGGUAUUACUUAACACCAUCCAACCACGCGUGCGGGAAAGCCAGAUAAAAGAAAAUUUGGCAAAUAAACUGUUUAGCAUAAUGUAUGUACUUUGAAAGAGAAAAUUACAAGAGGGUAUAUAACAUGUUAUAUAACAAACGAUGGUUAAAAAUGUCUUAGUCAUUUCUAAAGACCUCUAUGAGUGUUUAGCCCGCUCCUUAAGGCCCAGGUGCUUGAAAGGCCAGUUAUCGCAACUUACCUUCCAAAAGAUUGUUUUUAGUAUCAUACAUUCUGUGUCGGUUAUCAUAACCUUAUCUUAGAUCGAGAGUAAAGGCUCAAAAAUAUUUUAUAAGCUCCAACAGUAUGUUCCUAGACGAAAAAAAUUUGCUUAUAAAAUUUGGGUUAAACCCAGGAUUAAACUUCACGAUGUUUAGAGGAACCGCUGGCCCCGUUCGACUGGUGAAUUUUUCUUCGAAUUUUAAUACGUCGUAAUUUUUCUUGCAAAUUGUGUCUCAACUAAAUCACAGGAAAAGUUUGCAAAAAAACUUGUUCAGUGUUACAGCCUUUAUCCGUAUAUUGUUGUUUUUUCACGUCCUGCGAUUGUUGUUUUUCUUUCCGUUAUUUUUACUGAUUCAGUUCUGACAUUGGAAUGAUCUGCCUUUGUUUCAGCAUCUCGAGAGACCGCCUUUAUUUAUGCCAUAACCUCUUCCGGGGUUGUUCACAAAAUAACAAAAGCUUGUGCUCGCGGUGUACUGAGAAAUUGUGCUUGCAAUAAUACUCAGCUAGCUGAAGGAACAUAUGAUAGUCGAGGAUUCGAGUGGUGUGGAUGUAAUGACAACAUUGAAUAUGGUUUGAAAUACGCCAGUAAGUUUAUAGAUUCUAGAGAAAAGGAACAAGACGUAAGAGCAAAAGUUAACCUUCACAACAACUUUGUGGGACGACAGGUGAGUAUACAUCGUCUGAACGGUGUAAUGUUUUUUUUUUUUUGUCGCAAGAACUGGGUUAAGUUGACUUGUCUCAAUGGCAUCCGAUUUUAUCUUUAAAAACUGCUGACUUCAUUUAUUUAGUUGAGUAAAAUGUUUUCUGAGUUGUUUUUGUGUCAAGAACUCUCUCGUUCCAAAGACACACAUGAGAUAAGGGGGUUCUGUGACGCCUCGCUUUAUCUCGGCAUCACAGAACGUUUUUCAUGUAUGCGAGGUACCCAAAACUCGGAUUCAAACGCAAAUGAAAUACGCAAAUGCGUAAAGUUGUUGCAUUAUAACUAAAUUCCAAACAGCACCUGGCAACAGGCACAUUCCUGAAAAAACCUAACAACCAGCAGCUUAGGAAACUGUUUUACAACUUAGGUUGAGAGUCGUCCGUUGUUAGGGAUUUUCAAGAAUGUAAUAUUGUUUUACAUGUGAUAUUCGAUUGUUUUAUCAUUUACGUUUCAGCAGAGCUCGUGAUAUUCCAUUGUUUUUAAAUUUACCUAACAACCGAGCACUCGAAGGGAAAAGCCCGCCGCUUAAAAUUGCCUUUGAUAAUGUAUACUUAAUGGUCGCUGGGUAGAACUAUAUGACAUAAUAUGGCAGGCCAUCGCGUUCAAAAGUCGAUAUCAUGAUAUCAUUCCUGAUAUCGUGAUAUCAGACCAUGAGAUCAUGAUAUCAUUGCCCCCGCAUCCUAGUAGCUUGCGCGUGUAUAAAGGAAAGUACUUACAGUUGACAUACGCAGUUAGUAUACCAAAAAAAAGCUCGAUUUGCUUGAACAGGGGCCGCGAGGAAUCGUGGGGUAAUAAUGACGUUUCUAUUGUUUAGGAUGACGUAAAACAGAAAAUCCCCAAAGGGACCGCUUGGAUUGAUUUUGUGACAGUCGUUGUAAAGUCAUACCGUAAAAUUCCGAAAAUAAGCCCCUCCAAAUAUAAGCCCCCCAAACUCGUGACGCAAAAAACCCUCCGUUACAUCGCCCCUCCGAAUAUAGGUCCCCUGGGGGCUUUUACUUGGAAAUUGCCCUCAAAUACAAAGUAAAACAAAGCAAAAACUCAGUGUAAAUUUCCUUCCAACUAUAAGCUAGCCCAAUCGAUUUUGAAACGCAAAUUUCCCUCCGUACAUAAGCCCCUCCAAAAGGGCCUUUGAAAAAAUAUAAGCCUCGGGGCUUAUUUUCGGAAUUUUACGGUAGUUCGAUACCCUUAUGCGUUACGUGUGUGUUCACUGACAUUCUGUGGAACAGCUAAUUUGAAAGUAUUAAAGCAAAACUGAAAUUCUCGUUUUACUCUCUCAAACAAGCAUCAAAAACUCAAAGACCACGAAAGAGAAAAUUUCUUGUUUGACCUAAAUUAUGGACACAAAGUUGAUAAGUGUGGACGUACAGUAACUUAUACGUGGCGCAUAACAUAACUGUGUACAAGCGCUUGGAGGAUUUGCCAGAAACAAGUUUAUCAUUCACAUUUCUUUGAUUGAAAACGAUUUAAAUUUUCAGACACAAAUCUCUUUGAGGCCGUGAAUGUAAUUUACAGCUAAUUUUAGCUAAACAGAAAGAGUACGUUUAUGACUGUCCUGGCACCCCCACCUCAAUAUUAAACUACUGAAGAGAAACUUUGUUUAGUCAGUCUGUUUUUGCCUUAGUCGUUGCUUUUUGUUUCCUGUAGGCUGUAAAGAGCCAUAUGAGGCUGGUCUGCAAAUGUCAUGGAUUUUCAGGUUCGUGUUCAUAUAGAACGUGCCUUAAAACCUUGGGACCGUUUGGUGCUGUAGGCGGGUAUCUUCACGACAAAUAUUACAACGCUACCAAAGUAACAGUCCAUCAGGACAAAAACCAGCUCGUUGCGGCCGAUAGAAAAAAUCGAGAAAAGACCUUGGAAAAAGAUCUUUGGUUCUUGGAAGAGUCCCCGGAUUAUUGCAUGCCCAACAACAGCACCGGAUCGCUGGGCACCACGGGAAGACGUUGCCACAAGACCGUCUCGGGAACUGGGAAUUGCAGGAUUUUGUGCUGUGGGCGCGGCUAUAAUACCCUUCAAGUCCGUGAAGAGUAUGAAUGUUCAUGCAAGUUUCAUUGGUGUUGCCGAAUAAACUGCAACACCUGCAGUAGAAUAGUUGAUAGACACGUUUGCCGGUGAUUUGAGCGCAGCUUUACACAAGGUUGUAAUCUAAACAUGCCUGCAUAGUCCUUAGGCCUUAAUAGUAGUCUCUAGGCCUUAAUUUAAAGGGCGACCUAUCAAUUUGUUUGGGUUACGCGCUUUGAGCUAACACGACGAGCUAAGGCGUCGACAAAAAAUUUAGGCUAAUAACCGUAGCAGAGAUGUAAUAUAGGUAGUAUAAGAACUUAGUUCGCACCUACAGUUGAAAGUUAGUACGAGCGAGGUGUCGCUUAUAUUAUUUGCGGUUAGGAAUUUUCCGGCACAUUGAAAAGAGAAAAUAUUUUUUUUAAAGUAAUUCCAGAAGUGUUAUUUGCGUGAUGUGGCACUUCUUUUCAAAAAUAAAUAAAUAAAUAAAUAAAUAAAUAAACGGAGAUUACUGUACGCUGCACUAUUUUAAAAGAUAAAAAAAGUUGAGGCAAAUAGUCCUCUUCGUAAGUUGAAUUCACUGCAAAAGAAAAAAAGUUCAGUUAGCCACGAGAGGUCUAGACUGAGAGCAGUCUCUCUUUUUUCUUAGUCCGUCGAGCGAAACGCGCGAGAGACGAAAAUGAACACAUGCGAGACUGAAGGCGCUAAGCGGGAGAGGUGCGGAAAAAGCCGUCCUCGUUUCUCGCGUCUCGCGGCUUUGCCGCUCGACGCUCGCGUGCGCUUGCACUCCCCUCUAUAAAUCUGGAGAAAAAGAGAGACUGAUCGCAGUCUACGAGAGGUCUAACUUUCUUUCUCCCCUCAAUCAUGAAGCCAGGAUGAAAUAUCGAAUAAUAUCUGGAGCCGACAACUAAUCGCCUCCUGAUUAAAUACAUCUUUAAAAAAUGCUUAAGCUUGCUGAGUUUGCGCGUGGGGAUGUGUAUAUAUAUUCUGCCCACAGAAAACAACAGCUCAGUUAAGAGGUGAUUAUCCAGGUAAACUAGUAAUAAUUGCAAAUUAAGGGAGUGUGUUCGGCAGGGAGGAUUGGUAAGGCAAGGAGGAAGGGGAGGGGGAGGGGGAGUGAGAGGAGGAGGUAAGGGUGUACAAGGAGUGAUAAGUAUGAUAUUAUGUCCUGGUUGUCAUAUUCUCUUGAUAUUUUACGUCUGGUUUUAAUCCACAAACUACAAUCAAAACUCUAUACUACUAACUCUAAACUCUAGACGUAAAAUAGAAGUAGAUCGCAGAGGUCAAUUGUCAAAAGUUGGCCUUCCUCAAUAUGAUCUCAAUAACUGAGAUCAGUGUUAUUUUCCCGUAUUGUUUACCCUCCCACUUUGGAAUACAUUGCCCUUUCACUUUGCCUCAUAAAUACCAAAGCGUCCUUUAUAUUUCAUAUACUAUAUUUGGCUAAACCCUUGAGUAAACAACAGGAUCGCAUCCAUGAAAGCAAAAUUGUACAGUGUGCCGAAUACGUUGUUAAGUUCCUAUAAAAAAAUACGGACAACGAAGCUCAGUUGUAAGGAAAAAGCGAUAAGCAAUCCUCUCCUGUAAGCAAAAACUUGUCAAUGUUUCAUCGGUAGUAAACGAGCGUGGCACAAAAUAGAUACCAGUUCCCGAUGGAGAUAAGGCAUGAGAUUGAGGCUAAAUGCGGGAGCCACCCAGCUAGUCAGUCAGUCGUUAGGAGAAGGCGGACAAACCAUGAAAUCAUAUGGCAUCCAGAACAGUACCCGCAGGACAGCGUGAUCCCGCGGGUAAAAAGUACUCGCAUGAUCACAGUUCUCCUUCGUCGAGCACAAACAAAAUAUAAGUUAGCGCGUGGUGGGGUUUUAAUAUUCUGCCCACAGGUAAGAAGAUAACAACAGCUCAGUAAAGAGCUGACUACCCAGGUAAAACAGAAUUUAUAAGUUAGCGCAUGGAGAGAUUGUUAUUCUGUCCGCAGAUAACAACAGCUCAGUAAAGAGCUGGCUAGCCAGAUAAAGCAGAAUUUAUAAGUUAGCCCAUGGAGAGAUUGUUAUUCUGUCCACAGAUAACAACAGCUCAGUAAAGAGCUGGCUACCCAGGUAAAGCAAAAAUAUCAGAAAGUUAGCGCGUGAAGAGGUUAAUAUUCCACUUGAUAUUUUCUUCUAGCAUUUUCCAUCAACAAUAAUAAAAAAUAACAACUGCAACUUACUAGUAGUGAUUUUGCUCAGCUUAACAACGCUAAAUUUAACCCGGCAAGCCUUUUUAUUGACAAGUAUUUUCCCAUCCCGUUAUCUGGGUCACAUGCAAUAAAAAUUCAAGCGGACACUUUUCGCCGGCAUUUUUCCCGUAGGGGCAGAUUCAAGUCGAAUGCGAGGAGUAUUUGCUCAUCUCUUCAUAUUGCUCAAAGCGUCCUCAAAUACCUCCACCGUUACAGUGAAAGAAACUUAAGCGCUAGCGAAAUCUACGUUGCCGAAAUUCGCCGCGACUCUGAAGGUACGAGUUGUAGGAGGCCUAAAUGUAAUAAACGACCCUAAAUGUAAUAAAGUCCUUAAUGUAAUAACUUUUUGCCCUAAAUGUAAUAAACUAUUAAGAGUGAUAACAUUAAUUAGGCCUUAUUAAGAGGCCCUGACUGUAAAUAUCGAGAGUCCGCCGACAGUUGCAAAAUUUCAUAACUUAUUUUAUUCGACCUAAAAGACCCUUUUGGUGAACUAUUUUCAAAAAUGGAAAUAAAAAGUUCCAUCGCGCUUUGGUUUUUCUGAAAAAUCCAAAAGUUCAAAUUACACCAAGGCGGCCCCCGACCCCCCCGGAAAAACAAUAAAAAAUUCUGCAACUUUGCUAACUUCGUAAGCGACAAUGCGUUGAAUUCUCGAUUUGCUAUUUUGUACAUUGGUAAAAGGUCCCUUUGUCUUUUGCAAAAUGUAUGAGCUUCAUGUAAUUUUGUUAUGUUUAAGGCAACAUAAAAACCCGCUGAAAUAACUAACUUUCAAUCUUACCUUUUUGGUUGAGGUGAAAUAAAGGUCAACUUAAAAGGCCUAUAAAAAUCCUAGUACCUAAAUUUACUUCUCAUAUUGUACAUCAGGUAAAAGGUUCAACUCUCGUUUUUGGCCCAAAAAAUUAGCAUAAUGAAGCAGGCAGCCGUGACACCGCCCCUUUAAAAUGACGUAUUGCUUACGUCCGUUGAUGUCGUUAAAACAUUUUUAAGAGACCUAAUGUUAUCAGUCUUAAGAGUUAAUUACAUUUAGGGCAAAAAGUUAUCACAUUUAGGGCUUUAUUACAUUUAGUGCAAAAUGUUAUUACAUUUAGGACUUUAUUACAUUUAGGCCUUCUACACGAGUAACCAAAGAAAAAUAUGCACCAGUGAAUGCUUCGGAACGAACUAGCAUUUUCAUAAGCUUUGCUGUCACUUGAAUUAAAAGUUUAAAGUAAACCAGGGUUAAAUCUUUAGUCGUAUAAUAUCUGCGCUCUUUCUUUUCUAAAGUCUAAUUUAGAUCCAAGACCUAAAAAUUCUUGUUGUGUGAUUUAUUAGCCUGCGUAGCUGGUGAGGUUAGAGUCUCAAUGGGGUGGUAGUAUUUUCGCACAGGGCAGCUACCUAUUUUUGCCUAGAAAGCGUCUGAGAUCUCGAUCUUUUGGGAAGUUUGUUUGGAAGUUUUUAGCAGUUCCCAGGCCCCGCCGCAUAGCCCCCUACUGGGACUCGCGAAGUGAAAUGGCGGUCAAAAUGUUUUCAGAAUUUUUGAGCCCUAAGAAAGUCUAUGAUUCUUUCUGAACGCGCUUUCAAAGGAAAUGGCGAUAAACUUGUUAUAGAGUUCCUUAGCGUUCUUGAAUCUGCGACCUCUUGGUUUAAUAGACAUUCGUGACGGUUAUGUACUAGGCUGUAGUCGAAAGUCGGACGAGAGUGCGAGGGACAUGACCCAAACAAGUUUUCCUAUGCAAUGUAGUUGAUAUAUAACUGUUUUUGUAAAUUUUACGACCAGUAAUGAAACUAGCGGUAUCAACAGAACGAUGGAUGAUUACAGAAAUAACGCCGACAAUUUCUGUGCAACUCCUGCUCAGAGGGCCUCAAUGGGGUUAACCGAUAGGCGUAAAACGACCCAAAAUUUAGUCGAUAGCCGUAAAAAUUGAAACAUUUUAACCGUUAGCCGUAAAUUGGGUAAAAAGAGUUAACCGUAAAAAAAUUUUGCUCCUUAGAUUUGAUAAUUUGAGGAACGUGCUAAACUCACUUAGAACGGUUGUGUUUCUUAUUUCGCGGCUACUUUGACUCUUUACGUUCCCGUUUCUGCUAGUUUUACUUUUCAAGAAGAUUCUAUUCAAAUAAACUGUUAUGUCUCUUAUGAGGAAUGGUCCUUUUCAUGGCUCACAAAAAUUUUAGUUGACUGGCAAUAGCUUAACCUUUUGUUUCUAUUUUAAACAAAGAGUUCAUGUCAUUUUAAGAGAGUGAGAAAACUGCGGCAAAGAUCUUCAAAGCCGCGUACUUCUCAACUUGGCUCCGACACUUGUAAAUGUGAGAGUCACAGAAAUGUUCGAGUCUCAAUGUGUAUGCUUGUUCUUUUUUGUUUGUUGUACAAUCUGUUCUUCAGUAGGGUGAAGACCCUAGCGUGGUAGUAAAAAGAGAAGAGGGUAGAAAAUACAAAGCGACGCGAAGAACGGAUCAGUAGCCCCUGAAGAAAAGGAAAUCACGCCAAGAUGCAAAAGAAGACAAACUUUUUCGUAGUUGACAUUUCUAUGCGUAAAAUGAUAUUAGAAGUGGAAUACUCGAAAAGCAUGAUUUAUGAAAUAUUAAAAAUUUUCAGAAGAAUAACUUAUUUCAUCCCGAGAUGAUCGUAAGAAAUCUAUUUUGCUUUUAUAAAGAUACAAAAAAAAAAUAUAGGUUUAUUAAUAUUUAACUCUUUGAAACAAAGAAAUUAAUUUUUAACUUUAUAGUUAACGUAACUGAAAAAAAUUAACCGAUAGCCGUAAAAGAGCCAAAAUUUUAGCCGAUAACCGUAAAUGCCACCACCCCAUUGAGACCCAAAGAUGUCCCUCUAUAAGGCUUUUUUUAAAGAAAAGGAUUGUCUUCAAUGCUGUUAAAAUAAUAAAAAAAUUACAAGAAAGCGAGUCCUGGUUGAUCAAAGCUUUUAAAAUUCCUAAUUUGUGAACAAUGUCUGCAAAAUCACGUGGUCAUGUGACAACCAAUCAGAUGAUUUUACCCCCUUUUUUUCGCCUUUGUGAAAGGUUAGCAUUAGAUAACAUCGAGUGAAGCCAGAUUGGACACGUUAUGAAUUUUACACAACGCAUUAUUUUCAUAAUGGAACGAGACUGGAAUGUAGAAUGAGGCUAAAAUAGCUGAAGAAACCAAAACUACAGAGCGCCAGUUAUGGAGAGAACACAGUAGAGAGUUAAGCACUGAUCUGCAGUGAUUAGGGUUAAGCACUGAACUGAAAACGGUUAGCUUUCAAAUAUUGUAAUGGGGUACGGCAUAUAUAAGAACAUGUAUAUUUUAAAAAUUACUGGAUUUGGCAGCUAGUCCUCGAUGGUGUAGUAGAUAUGGAUGUAGGCUAUAAAGCAAGUGACCCGGGUUCAAAGCAUCACAGUGGAGUUUUUCUAUUUCACUUUUAUAUUACACACUUAAGUUGGACUUAAGUUGUUCUUCAUGUACUUUUACCGAAAGAAACAAUCUGACUUCAGCCGAUGUUACCUAAUGCUAACCUUUGUCAAAAGUCUGCUUUCAAUUUUUUUUACUUGCAGCAUAGGUAAUUGAGUGGAAUGGUUAUGAAACCCGUCAGACUCCUUUGUUAUAUGUUUUUGUGGACCUGAAAGUGCACAACGUUCAAAACAAUUCCUAUCAUUUUUAUUGUAUUGACCAAUAAAAACGUUGCAUUAAUUUAUUCCGUAACAAUUUGCCAACAGAAAACAAAGGAUUGUGCACUUUCACGGUACUUCCAACAUAAACUGCAGCACUGUUGUUCUUAUCAUUGAUGUUUGCCGCUUUUCAUAACCAGUCUCCUCUAACAACUAUGCUUGCAGGACAGGCAUUUAUAGACAUAAUAGAGGCCCCACUGAAAACCUCCUUGGGGAGAUGGGUUCCACUUAUUAAUUAUUACAGUCUAUUAUCAUUAUGAUUUUUAAGCCGAAAAUAUUUUUUGAGGGCGUUAGUUUUGAAAUUGAAAUUUGGCGAGAUAAGUAUUUAUUACUUCUACGAAAAAAGAUAAGAAGACUUAGUACCUGGGGCUAAAAGACCUGACAUUUGAGUGUUUACGAAUUAAAAAUAUCCCUUAACUAAUUCACUUAAACGGUUUUGCUGAUAAACCAACUCUUAUCAAUUAUACUCUCUUGCUCUAAUACGUACUCUUUUAAAACUACCGCCUCUGAAGUGGGAUUUGCUUAUAUGGAGUCGACGACGAGCAUUUUCUUGAUGGGCUGUUGAAGAGACCGGAUGCGUAUUCAGUAAACGGUAUCUUAUAUGAUGUUUCGUUAUUGUCAAUCAUGAAUUGUUACUUACUUGGCAUGGCUGAAAGAGCAAGAAUGCUUUUCACUGAAUCGGAAAAGCUCAUUGUAGCGUGAUCAUUCAGUUUUGAUCAUUCAGUUAUCAUUCAGACAUGCGCGAGAUUCUUUUUAAACUGCGCGCAAGAAUCACGCACAGAUACGUGUAAAAGAAGAUGCGGAACUCGACCUGCUUUUACGCUGUUUUUCAGUUAACGUUUCCAAUACUUUCUUAUUCUCAUUGGUGGUAAGUUUAAACGUCUUAAUGAUUAUUAGAAUUUUAGCUCAUAAGUGAAACCGUUUUGGCAAUAGUUAAUUUGCACGUUUGUUUCAACAGGAGUAUGUCUCAAGUACACGACCUUGAUGCCAAGGUAAUGUGUAGCAUGUCUGGUUUAGUUAAGGAACAGAGACAGUUUUGUGAAGGAUAUCCUGAUAUUGCGAUCAGUGUUGGAAAGGGUGCAAAACUUGGUAUAACCGAAUGCAAGAAACAACUCAAGAUGGAAUUAUGGAAUUGUUCUACAAUUUCUCGUGAUGUCAGCCUUUUCGGUAAAGUUCUGCGAAAAGGUAAAGAAAUUUCUUAAUUGCCGUUAUGGUAGUUCAGCGUGAAAAAAUUGUACGGAAUGUUAAAAAAAGAAUAUAUCUCGUGCUAAUGAUGGUUAAAAAUGUUUAAGUUUUAAGCUACCAACAAUUCAAUUCAAUUCAAUUCAAUUUUAUUAUUCACACUUAAUAAAAUAUUAACAUUAUAUAUAGUAGGGUAAAAAUACACUAAUAAAGUAGAAGAAGAAGGAAAAAAAAAAGAAAAUCAAUGGCUUGGGUAGAAGUGUACGGUGGUCAGAGGAGCUUAGCUUUCGAGCUAACCACCGCUAUAUUAUGAUUGGAAAUACAUAAUAAACGUGCACUUGGUGCCAUGGCAACUACGGACGAUCAUGCCAGCAGUCAGGUUAUGUGAGACAGUCAUAUUACAAUUAUUACCUUUGAGAGUUAACUAGAAUUCGCUUAUAUUCUUUUUUGAACUUGUAGUAGCUAAGUGUUUUUACCUUAGUAGGAAUCUCUUCCCAAGUUUUGGUUAUGGCAAACUUAAAUGCGUGUUUGCCGUAAUUUGACCUUACACGUGGUACAUGAAAGUUAAGAUUUGAGGCAUAUCUGGUAUUGUGUGAGUGAAUAUCAGACACCUUUACUAGGUAGUUUUGAAACACUUCAGGGAUAUUGGCUUCAUUUUGUGAGAUUUUGUGAGCUAGCAAGGAGAUUUUGAGUUUAAAAAUGCUAUCUAUGCUACGUAUAUCUAGAAGUUUGAGGUAGGGUGCACUACUUUCUCUAUUAUGGCUAAACAAUAUGCAGCGUAUACAUUUAUUUUGUUUUGUUUAAACUUAAGUUGAUCUACUUGGGUAUGUGUUUCCCCAACUCAUAAUUCCAUAAUGAAGGUAUGGGUAGAUAAGUGAGUAAUAUAUUUGUUUGAGGGUGUUUAAAGUUAAGAAAUGGCGUAAUCUGAAAAGGAUUCCCAAGUUUUUAGAUAUUUUGCUGUUAAUGUGCUGAAUGUGGGGAGCCCAAUUUAGAUUUUUGUCAGUGUAGAUACCUAGGUAUUUGAUGUAGUUCUUUUCUUCAAUAUUGUGUAAACUAAGCUUAAGUUUAUUUGCUUUUUGGGGGGAGGAGACUGUCAUAUAAGGGGUUUUCUUAAAGUUUACAGAAAGUUUAUUAGCUGAGCAGUAGCUAAGAAGAUGGUUGAAUUCCUCAUUUAGUUUUUUCAAGGUCCUGUAGAGAAUUGGAAGAGUAGAAGAGAGUGGUGUCAUCAGCAAAUGUUCUAAUAUUUGCCUUUUCCAAACAAUUAGGCAUGUCAUUGAUAUAUAUCAAAAACAGAAGUGGGCCAAGGGUAACACAAGUGUUAAUGCCCUGUUCGACAAGGCAAUUUCUCGUGGGACUUGCAUUUGUGCGACAAUUUGCCAAGUCCCUGUCUAUUUGAAUAGCCCUUGAACUUCUUGAUUUUGUCUUGCAGCAUUUUUUAUCUUGCUCCAUGCAAGGCUUGGUGUAGCGAAAACGUUGAGAAAUGCUUAUUUCAGUGGUUCUACACUACUACACUACCCAGGGAAGAGCCCCCUUAUCUUAGGGUCCGGAUGACCGGGUCCCCCCUUAUCUGAAGGUCUGCAUCUGCCAAAGCUCCACUAACUAGAGCCCAUAGGCUCCUGCUAUUAAUACAGUUUUCUUGCCCUUACGAGAAAACCGUGAAUCGUCUAAGGCAACCUCUCUUCAUAAAUCGUUGUUUUUUAUGUCCUCUAAGAGUUCGCACAAAUUGCUCGUUUCAUUUUCUUUUCCUGAUUCAGUUCUUACAUUGAAAAGUUGUGGCUUUUUUUUAGCUUCCCGAGAGACCGCCUUUGUCUAUGCUAUAACUUCCUCUGGAGUUGUUCACGAAAUUACAAAAGCUUGUGCCCGUGGUUUACUGAGAGAAUGUGUUUGCAAUAAUACACGGCAUCAAGGAAGAAAUGGUCGAGGCUUCCAGUGGGGUGGUUGCAAUGACAACAUUGAAUACGGUCUGAAAUACGCCAGUGAGUUUAUAGAUUCUCGAGAAAAGGAACAAGACGCCAGAGCAAAAAUCAACCUUCACAACAACUUUGUGGGACGACAUGUGAGUACAACAUCUAAUAAGCCAUUCCACGAUUUAUUCAAUUUUUGACUGGGAGCAAGAGAGAUUGAGCUGGGACCAGUUAGGGAAAAUCCGUCAACACGGCGGGAAAGAACGCCUUAAAAUUAGCAAAAUUGACAAGUUUGAAAGCGAUUUGUUGAAAACUAACAAAGGUAUAGCUCCACAAAGUCGCGUUAUUUUACGAGACGUUUGUAUGGUGGGGGGCAAGCUCGUGGCCCCACCAUGCAAACGUCUGUAAAAUUUCGCCACUUUGUGGACCAAUAUCCUCGCUCUCUUUGGACUUAUCUCCUUUAAACUUGGUAAGUUACCUUAUUUUAAGGUUCUCUUUCAGGCAGUGUCGAUGGUUAUUCGCUUACUGCGCUUUAUGAAAAGUCGCAGGAAAGAAACUGUAGAAGGGUCUCGGAUGUUUCUGUCCCUGAUUUGCCCGGCCUCACAAGCCUUUGCUAUGAAUACUGCUAGGCCCGGUUCCUGAAAGGCCGAUUAGAGUUAAUCCAGGAUUAACAUUUUGUUCCGUUUUUGUAUUUUACAUUCCUAUGCAUUGCUUAGGGUAACAUUUUGUGUUAUUAUUACUAUAUCUCGUAGUAAAGGCUCAACAGUAUUUUGUAACCUCAAGUUGCAUGUUCUUAGACGAGAAAAUCGUGCUUGAAAUUUGGCUUAAUCCUGGGUUAAACUUAACCAUCUUUCAAGGAACCGGGCCCUGAGGGUAAAUAAAGUUAUCAUUGUCAAGUCUUCAUCUUAUGUUUCUUUAAUUGUUUGUUUGCUUUUGUUUGAAAAACACCUUGUCCCAAAAACUUUCUGAUAGUUUGGUUCGAUUGUGUCAGUAAGACAUAUUAGUAACACUGAGUACGUGGUAAACCAUUUUCACGCAAUUUUCGCCUUUUUAUGCAACCUUCUGUCUUUAGUUCUCUGCUCUUGAUCACACCCUCAGGCUAACGACUAACUGCGAUAAAUUCAAAUUUUAAAGCUUUGUGCCCGAUUCUUCUAAACGAGUUUCCUUAACAUUUUAUUUUUCCACCUAUUUUUGACUACUUUUUCGGUGUGAACAGGCCUCCCCGCCUAAAAACUGAAGAAAUCACAAUACGUUUGCCCAUAUUAAGUCCUGAGAGAGGUUUGAAAUCUCAAUUAAAACGUCUUCGAAACAAACAUAAUAAAGGAAUCAUACAAAAAUAGUUAAGUUCUUAUCUAUCUAAAUUAGAAUCGUUUAGUGGCCCUAUUUAUUCCCCCACAUGUUUUCAAGCCCUCGCCAUGUUUCUUUUUUUCAGAUAUAUGCACGAGAAACUUCAAAACAAAAUGGCCAAUUCCCUUCACUGCAAUCAGUUCAAAAUGCCGGCCAGUUAUAACACUCAAUAAGACGUGAUCAUUUAUACGCAGGGACCCAAACCAGUUUUAAUUAACUCAAGUGCUUUCUCAAGAAGCCUAUUUGCUUUGAGUACUCACUUGUUUACAAUCAUAGCUACGGCGGGUCGGAUACUUUCAUGUCUGUAUAUAAUACAUUAUGUAUAUAAGUACUGUCCUCUUGACGCCUCCAUUGAAAAACCUUAAUCAAAUCACGGUCUAGUGAAGUCCCUUCAUUACAAAAUUACUUCUUAACUGGUUUCCCACUAGAGUUCUUUUAACUGUAUAAGGAAGACGGUUUUAAAACAAACUAACUUUAUAUGAGAAUUAAAGUCUCCGAGGAAAAGAUUUUCUCUAUUGGGAAAGAGGUCUUUUUUACUGAGCGUAAUCAAAGGAAGUACUUUGAAUAAACUGAGGCCUUAUUAGUUGGCCUACAUUAAAUCCCUUUAUUUCAUGGGAAAGCCGCUUUUUCCCAUUAUCAUAGCAUUUAUAUUCCAUUGUUUUCAUAACAGAUUUAAUGAACUAUAAAAUCACCAUGAAAUCAGCGUUUUUAAUGCGUUGCAAAAUUCUUGUCGCUAAAAAUAGCCGUAUUGGAACGUCGGAUAUUUGUGAUGGUACCAUGGGUCACUUCUCCUAUGUUACGUGCGAGUUUAGUUCUGCCCUGUUAAGUUUCUGCUAAAGUUAUUUUUAAAGCAAGAAAGUUAUUCCCUUUUGUCAACACCCUCGGGUUGUUCUAAAAUAGAUGCGAGGGUCAUGGCCCAGGGUAGUGCGGUUUCUUGAAAGACAUCACAUACAGAUAAUGGUUAAAUGUUGGCAAAAAUAUGAACAUGGGUUUGAAUGACAGAAACGGACUUAUACAAUCUUAGUUUAUUAGGAUCUGACAUCACAAUUUUAUUGCCUUUUCUUCUUUCGCGGAACGGAAGAAAGGCAAAAUUAUUGAGCCAAAGUAACUCGAACUGAAUUUUCCCGCGUCCGCCAUGAGCAUUUUAACGGCGACAAAUCUCUCAUUGGUCAGAAAUAGCCACGUGACAGCUGUCCAACCUCACAGGGUUCUACUUGUCGUCUUCAACUUUCAGACACAAUUUUGGAAUAUUUCAUAUAUUCUUUCAUCAUCUUUGUGUUUUUGGGUGGAUUUACGAUUCGUUUUUUGUGCGUGCCUGCAUCCUAAUGGCCAGUCCGGCUGCGUGGUAAUGGCAGUUAACAGCACCAGACUUGUCAGUGCGUUCUACGGAUACACGAACAUGACGAAAUAUAGCUAUAAAAAAUAUCUCUAGAGAAACAUUGUUUAGUUAGUAUCCUUUUGGCCGAGUUAUUUUCAUAAGAAAUACUGUCGCACCUCCAUGUACGAGCACCUCUCGUAAGCGACGAUUUCCCCUAAGAGAGCACUCAUCCAAAACACCAAAAAUUUUCCCAGUCAAAGCCUACAAUUGAAACCUGGCCUCUCGUAUAAAGCGACCACCUUUCGUAAGCGGCCGGGACUUGCCGCCACCGCUUUUGGAGCAACUAUUUUUACAAUUUUCAUUGUUGUUAAACUCUUGUAAGCGACCAGGCCACUUGACGAGUGGUCUGAUCUCUAUGUUUGCUGUAAAUGUACUAUACUUAUAGAUCAUAUGUACUAUACUUAUAGAUCAUACAAAGAACUUUUGGUGAUAUAAACAGGGAACUGAACACUGUAUCAUAAUUUAGAAAUUGCAUGCAAUGAAUUCUCUUCCACAAGUAAGAUGUGUCGGAACCCAUUCCCGGAAGAGACCCCUUGUGGUUGGACGCCCGUACGCGACCACCUCCCGUAAGCAAACCCUAAAUCUUGGCAUUUUGGUUGGUCGCUUACAAGAGGGUUCGACUGUGUUUCUUUUUGCUUUACGUAGGCUGUGAAGAUCCAUAUGAGACCGGUCUGCAAGUGCCACGGAAUUUCAGAUUCGUGCACGUAUAGGACGUGCUACAGAAUGGUAAGGCCGUUUGGUGUGGUAGGUGCGUAUCUUCGUGCAAAAUAUUACAACGCUGUCAGAGUAACAAUCCAUCAGAGCGAAAACCAGCUCGUUGCGGUCGAUGGGAAAAAGACAGAAGAGCUAUUAAAAGAUGAUCUUUGGUUCUUGGUAGAGUCCCCGGACUAUUGCGUGCCCAACAGCAUCACGGGAUCGUUGGGUACCACGGGAAGACGCUGUUACAAGACCGCCCCAGGUCCCGGGAAUUGCAGGAUUUUGUGUUGUGGGCGCGGCUACAAUACCUUUCAAGUCCCUGAGAGCUACGAUUGUACGUGCACGUUUCAUUGGUGUUGCCGAGUAAACUGCAAGACUUGUGAAAGAGUAGUUAAUAAACACGUUUGCCGGUGAAUUCGCCACUUUAGAAACGAGAAGGAAACUAGGCCGAGUGAACUUUCGCAAAGUCUUCUGGGACUGUUACUAGGGACAGGGGCAAAAAUUGGCCAAUCGCUGGUUUUCACAGUGACGCCAUCAAAUUGUAAACUCAAAAUAGCGAGGUUUUACGAAUUCUUAUUUACACGAGGUUGAAGAUAAACAAAAGGUAAAUCUUUGUACAAGUUUCCAUUCCCGUAGCUCCUUUCAUUUCGAAAAUACAGCAAUUUGAACUUACGAGUUUUGACAGUGCGUGACACCAAAAUAGGAAUGCUCUCUUGUUGAAAAAAAGUCUCUCCUCUUGAUUUUCAGCAGUAUAACCAUUUCAAGUAUUAGAAGAUAUGUUUAUGCGCACGUAUGCUAGUUCUCGACUGAAAAGAAAGAGCUUUCAUAGAAAAAGUGAACUCCAAAUGCUUUUGUUAAUUUCAGGAGGCCACUUGGUGCACCAAAACGGUUCACCAAUAUGGCGUCUCCAGACAAAGCUCUAUAAAGGUGCGUGAAACAUUUCGGCAACUAACUCAGAAACUAUGGGCCACAAAGACCUGAGACUUCGACAAAUUGUUCAAAAAUUAAUCUUUUAUAACAUUUCAUUUUCUUGGCUUCUUCCACUGGACGGUUUCCAAUUUAUUUUUUUGUUGCGUGACAGUGAAAACGAUCUAUAGCUGACCAGCGCGUCGCCAGUAACGUUCCCAGAAACACUUGCGGGACGCAUUUCGGCUCCAGUUGCCUUCUCGUUUCUAAAGUAAGGAAUUGUCUGCAGCUUUGACUGAGAUGCCUGGUUGUGAAACUAAGCCCUGGGAAAGCGCUAACCAGGGACUAGUCAAGAAACAGGUCAACCUGUAAGAAUCAUCCUCUUUCCCCAGGCUUUUUCCUUGCCGUAUCUGAGAGGGCGGGAGAAGGCGUCUCUUCGCUCUCAAUACUCUGCGCACAGUUACUGCUUAUAGAACUGAAACACAGACAAAAUAAAUAGAAAUUAAAGCAUAAGCGAAUUCCUCACUUUUGUUUGCCUUUUGUCAUUAAAAUGUCAUGUUUAUCUUAGUUUUGUAAUUUUAUUGACAAAAGUCAGACAAAGAUUGUAAAUUAGUCACGGUGACGUCAUUCGUGGGCUGUGCUAUUUGCAAUCGGACACUAUUCGCCGGCAUUUUUCCCGUAAAGGCAGAUUCAAGUCGAACGCGAGGAGUAUUUGCUCAUCUCUUCAUAUUGCUCAAAGCGUCCUCAAAUACCUCCACCGUUACAGUGAAAGAAAUUUAAGCGCCAGCGAAAUCUACGUUGCCGAAAUUCACCGCGACUCUGAAGGUACGAGUUGUAGGAGGCUUAAAUGUAAUAAACGACCCUAAAUGUAAUAAAGUCCUUAACGUAAUAACUUUUUGCCCUAAAUAUAAUAAACCCUUAAGAGUGAUAACAUUAAUUAGGCCUUACUAAGAGACCCUGACUGUAAAUAUCGAGAGUCCGCCGACAGUUGCAAAAUUUCAUAAUUUAUUUUAUUCGAACUAACAGACCCUUUUGGUGAACUUUUUUCAAAAAUGGAAAUAAAAAGUUCCAUCGCGCUUUGGUUUUCCCAGAAAAAGUUCAAAUUACACCAAGGCGGCCCCCGACCCCCCGGAAAAACAAUGAAAAAUUCUGCAACUUUGCUAACUUCGUAAGCGACAAUGCAUUGAAUUCUCGGUUUGCUAUUUUGCACAUUGGUAAAAGGUCCCUUUGUCUUUUGCAAAAUGUAAACUUCAUGUAAUUUUGUUAUUUUUAAGGCAAUAUAAAAACCCGCUGAAAUAAGUAACUUUCAAUCUUAACUUUUUGGUUGAGGUGAAAUAAAGGUCAACUUCAAAGGCCUAUAAAAAUCCUAGUAUCUAAAUUUACGUCUCAUAUUGUACAUCAGGUGAAAGCUUCAACUGUCGUUUUUGGCCUAAAAAAAUUAGCGUAAUGAAGCAGGCAGCCGUGACACCGCCCCUUUAAAAUGACGUGUUACACGUCACUGAUGUCGCUAAAACAUUUAAGGCCUAACGUCAUCAGGCUUAAGAGUUAAUUACAAUUAGGCCAAAAAGUUAUCACAUUUAGAACUUCAUUACAUUUAGGACUUUAUUACAUUUAGGGUCGUUUAUUACCCGGCCUUCCUUUCAGGAAGAGACGGGUAUAGUUCUGGGUCGAGUAGUUCAAAGCUAGGUUAAGAAAACCCACGGUUAGUGCGAGAUUUGAAUUCAGAUUUGAAAGCUUAAAAAGCAGUUCAGUUUUAAUUCUUUUUGUCUACAAGUAGAUGUUUGAAAGCUCUAAAUAUAACAAAGAAAAUUAUCCGAGAAAAUUCUUUUGAACACAAGAAAAAGAAACCUGGGUUAAAUUUAACCCCGGGUUAAGCGCUAAUCGGCCUUCGAACAACUGGGCCCAGGGGCCCGUUUCUCGAAAGUCCCGAUAAUUAACGGGCCCGGUGAGCUGUCUCCGUUUACAUUAAAGAUCGAGGUUUCAGUAGUUUUGCAUCUAGCAUGAUAAAACUAUCAGUUAGUGAAAAAAAAUGGAGUAGUUUGCUAGCCAGGACCCGCGCUCUUAUUCUUUAUAUUUCGAUUUGAAUAUUUGAUUUCGGGCCCGAAAAGUUACCGGGACUUUCGAGAAACGGGCCCCUGGCCUUGGUUUUUCCUUCGUCGUCUGCUCUUUAAAGCGCAUGCCUGUGCUGGCGAAUUAUCACGUGAUCGAUUUCCGGCAAUUUCAUUGGCUUAGAGGCAAAAUCUCUUUGAACAAAGUCGAGUACAACAAGCUUGAACACGGGUAGGCUUUUGUCAGUCGGUAGCGUUAACGUUGUGGUUUUGUAGCCUCUAUGAGAGAUCGACAAUUAUGUUGGUCGAAAUGUUUAGUGAUAUGUGUUGUCUAGAGAAUAAUGCAUCCCGGAACUGUCAGACAAACACAGUGGCACGAUCCGUUUAAUCGAGAUCGGCGUUAAAAAGGUGGGUAAUUUUCUCUUUUUAUGUUUAGUGCAAGUCACGAGAAUUUAUAUAGCAGUUGAAGAAACACCAUUUGGGCUUUGUUUUGGCGAGUAAGCGUGUACCGAGGUGCAACGAAGAGGCAGUUUUGUAAAACGUCAGUGGCACCCAACGUCAAUUUUCGGAAAAUAUCUGUUCGGAAGACGCAGUUUGAGAUCUAGAAUCUUCAGAACAUUUGUUGUAAAAUUUCAUGCUUGCCUGCCUCUCCUAAGAUUUUCGAACAUCUACAAAGUGGUGAAAUUGCCCAUUUUUAACGGAUUUUUACCCUAAAAAGGUCACCUAGAACUUUCGGGAGCCUUUUUUUCUGGCUGAAAUUUUCGAAAAGGUAAGUUUUGAUCCCUAUAAGUUUUGGAUCACUGGACUUUGGGCUUUCAGCUAGGAAAUCCGAACAGAUGAAAAAUUUUUAGGGGAUAAAAAUAUACCUAUAUCUACCAUUUAAAUACUAAAAUACGUUUAACAAUGCUAUGUUUAAGUGGUUUUGAUCUAUAUUCUUGUUGGGUGCCCCUGAAACGUAUGGACCGUUUUUGUGCUAAUUAGUACGGACGACUUGACUGUUCGAUCUGUGCAAAAACACGUCCACACACGUCACUGUAAUUAUGCUUUAUAGCUUUUAUCUCGAAGCAGUAUGACACAUUAGAAAAUUUAAAAGUAGAGAAAUUGCUCUGAUUUAGUAAUAUAGCAUAGUUUGCACCUAGUUGCAGGAAAGUGGCAGUACUUUUCAUUCAUCAAAACAAACAAAUCUGACUGUUCAUCGCAGAAGUUUAUGCUUGGUCCAAGUCUUGUGCUUCUCGGAUGUGUCGUGUAAAAACGGAAACUUACUAUAUCGAGGGAAAGAAAUAUUCUUUGACUUUUUUUGGCAUAUAUGGAUUAACUUGUAUCAAGCUCGCAAGGAAGCGGCGGGUGGGUAAAGCACGUAGCGUUGUUUGAUGCUAAAAUUCGACAUGGUCUUGAUUGAUCAAACAUCUCAUUGUUAAAUUAAAUCAAAGAUUACAUGUAUUAAAGCUUAUAGCUCUUUUAAAGAUGGGCGAUUGCUUACUAUCGAAUUUCGAUCUUGCAAAACUCCAUUUUGAUCGAUCCAACAUUAUUAGAAAUUUCAAAAUUAUCUAUGCUAUAAAUUUUUCUCUUUGCUGUGUUCAGCUUCUGUACAUUCAAACUUGCAAUUAAAGAAUCGACAAAUCGAUUAUAAUAUUCUGUACUUAAAUUGGUUUCGGGAUUAUCCUCAACGAGGUACACAGUAUAGGUUUGGGUUUUCUGUGGUUGCUUCUUUGCUUGUUGUUGAAUCUAUAACAAGGCAAUGAAAUAUUGACAUAUCCUUGAUUUAUUUCCUUUUUUUUUCAGAGAAGAUGAACUUGAUCCCAAAUCAAACAAUAAGUGCAGCAACACUUUUCGAAGUUUUCCAAUGAUGAAUUAACGAAAUGGAGAUGCCUGUAGUUUGUCUUUGAAGUACCUGUAUCAGAGUGACAACAAUAUGAAUAAAGAUCUUACUCCUUUGUAGUAAUUUAGCAUGUACAAUAAUCACUUCAGCAACCAAAACAAAUUUAAAAUCCUUACAUAAUUAUUCCAACCAUUAUUUUCUCUUCCUCUUUAUACAGGGUGUUAUUUCAAAGUUUUUUCCCUCAAAAUAUUAGUUUACCACCUAACAUUGUGACUGAAACUCAUGCUAAUUUAAAGAAAAGGAAAACUACUGCAACACUACUUUGAAGCAUUAUGCAGUCAUGGUCAAGUACACCCCUUUGGAACGUUCUAGUCUUCCCAGUCUGAUUUGCUAUCCGGUAGUAUGUUCCAUUUAUUAUUCAUCAAUUCUUCAUCAAAGUUCAUAUGGGUUGUGGUGCAUUACUGCAUAGUGCACAUUUUCCCCCGGCGCUCUAUCAUUUUAUGAACUAAAAGAAGGCCGGGUUCACGCACUCGUGCGUCUUGUUACAUUUAAGUCUACACGAGAAACCUAAGAAAAAUAUGUACCAGUGAAUGCUUCGGAACGAAUCUAAAGUUUCAUAAGCUUUGCUGUCACUUGUAUUAAAAGUUUAAAGUAAAGCAGGGUUAAAUUUUUAGUCGUAUAAUAUCUGUGCUCUUUCUUUUCUUAAGUCUAAUUUAGAUCCAAGACCCCAAAAUUCUUGUUGUGUGAUUUAUUAGCCUGCGUAGCAGGUGAGGUUAGAGUCUCAAUGGGGUGGUAGUAUUUUCGCACAAGCAGGUACCUAUUUUUGCUCAGAAAUCGUCUAAGAUCUCGAUCUGUCAGGAAGUUUGUUUGGAAGUUUUCAGCAGUUCCCAGGCUCCGCCACAUAGCCCCCUAUGACUCGAGAAGUGAAAUGGCGGUCAAAAUGUUUUCAGAAUUUUUUGAGCCCUAAGAAAGUCUAUGAUUCUUUCUGAACCCGCUUUCAAAGGAAAUGGCGAUAAACUUGUCAUAGAGUUCCUUAGCACUCUUGAAUCUGCGACCUCUUGGUUUAAUAGACAUUCGUGAGGGUUAUCUACUAGGCUAGUGUGGUCGAAGGCCGGAUGCGAGUAAGAGGGACAUAUACCAAACAAGUUUUCCUAAGCAAUGUAGUUGGGCAUGAUAUAUUUCUGUUUUUGUCAAUUCUACGACCGGUAAUGAAGCUAGCCGUAUCAACAGAACGAUGGAUAAUUACAGAAAUACGCCGACAAUUUCUGUGCUCCUGGUGCUAACGUAUUCCCUGUUCACAGAUGUCUCUCUAUAAAGCUGUUUUUAAAGCAAAAGAUUGUCUUCAAUGCUGUUAAAAUAAUAAAAAAAUAACAAGAAAGAGAGUACGGGUUAUCAAAGCUUUUAAAAUUCCUAAUUUGUGAACAAUAUCUGCAAAAUCACGUGGUCAUGUGACAACCAAUCAGAUGAUUAAUCAAUUCCCCCCCGCCACCACACAUCUUUUUUCCGGAAUCGCCUUUGUGAAAAGUCUGCUUUCAAUUUUUUUUACUUGCAGGACAGGCAUGUAUACACAGAAUAGAGAGACCCUACUGAAAACCUCCCUGGUGAGUUGGGUUCCUCUCAUUAAUAAUUACAGUGUAUUAUCAUUAAUUAUUUUUAAACCGAAAAUAUUUUUUGAGGGCCUUAGUUUUGAAAUUGAAAUUUGGCGAGAUAACUGAGUAUUUAUUACUUCUACUUUCGAAAGCUGAAAAGAAAAGGGCAAGCAAAAUUUUGAUCAUAGUAGCACUUUAACUGGCGGAUGAAAAACUAACAAAAAAGUUAGAAGACUUAGUGCCUGAGGCUAGAAGACAUUUUUCAGGAAAAGUCUAGUCAAUGCAUUUCAAGACCCGACAUUUGAGUGUUUACGAAUAUCCCUUUGUUGAUACACCAACUCUUAUCAGUUAUACUGUGACUCUUGCUCUGAUACAUACUCUUUUAAAACUACCGCCUCUGAAGUGGGGUUUGCUUAUAUAGAGCCGACGACGACCAUUUUCUUGAUUGGCUGUUAAGAAACCGGAUGCGAAUUCAGUAAACUGUAUCUUAUAUGAUAUUUCAUUAUUGUCAAUCAUGAAUUGAUACUUGGCAUGGCUGAAAGAGCAAGAAUGCUUUUCACUGAAUCGGAAAAGCUCAUUGUCGUGUGAUCGUUCAGUUUUGAUCAUUCAGACGCGAACGAGAUUCUUUUUAAACUGCGUACAAGAAUCACCCACAGGACAUAACGUGUAAAAGAACAUGCAGAACUCGACCUGCUUUUACGCUGUCUUUCUGUUAUCAUUUCCAUUACUUUCUUGUUCUCAUUGGUGGUAAGUUUAAACGUCUUAAUGAUUAUUAGAAUUUAGCUCAUAAGUGAAACCGUUUGCGCAAUAGUUAAUUUGCACGUUUGUUUCAAUAGGUUUAUGUCUCAAGUGCGCGACUUUGAUGCCAAGGUAAUGUGUAGCGUGGCUGGCUUAGUUAAAGAACAGAGACAAUUUUGUGAAGGAUAUCCUGAUAUUGCGAUUAGUGUUGGAAAGGGUGCAAAACUUAGUGUAUCCGAAUGCCAGAAACAGCUCAAGAUGGAAUUAUGGAAUUGUUCUACAAUUUCUCGUGAUGUCCGCCUUUUCGGUAAAGUUCUCCUAAAAGGUAAAAGAAUUACUUAAUUGCCGUAGUUCAGCACGAAAAAAUUGUACGGAAUUUAAAGGAGAAUGUUACAAGAAGAAUAUAUCUCGGGUUAAUAAUGGCUAAAAAUGUUUAAGUUUUAAGCUACCAACAGUGUUAAUGCCCUGUUCGACAAGGCAAUUUCUCCUGGGACUUGCAUUUGUGCGACAAGUUGCCAAGUCCCUGUCUAUUUGAAUAGCCCUUGAACUUCUUGAUUUUGUCUUGCAGCAUUUUUUAUCUUGCUCCAUGCAAGGCUUGGUGUAGCGAAAACGUUGAGAAAUGCUUAUUUUAGUGGUUCUACACUAGUAAACUACCCAGGGAAGAGCCCCCUUAUCUUAGGGUCUGGAUGACCGGGUCCUUCCUUAUCUGAAGGUCUAGAUCCGCCGCCACUGCUCCAUUAACUAGAGCCCAUAGGCUCCUGCUAUUAAUACAUUUUUCUUGCCCUUGCGAGAAAACCGUGAAUCGUCUACGGCAACCUCUCUCCAUAAAUCGUUGUUUUUUAUGUCCUCUAAGUGUUCACACAAAUUGCUCUCGUUUCAUUGUUUUUUCCCUGAUUCAGUUUUGACAUUGAAAUGUUGUGGCGUUUUUUAGCUUCCCGAGAGACCGCCUUUGUCUAUGCUAUAACUUCCUCUGGAGUUGUUCACGAAAUUACAAAAGCUUGUGCUCGUGGUUUACUGAGGGAAUGUGUUUGCAAUAAUACAUGGCAUCAAGGAAGAAAUGGUCGAGGCUUCCAGUGGGGUGGUUGCAAUGACAACAUUGAAUACGGUCUGAAAUACGCCAGUGAGUUUAUAGAUUCUCGAGAAAAGGAACAAGACGCCAGAGCAAAAAUUAACCUUCACAACAACUUUGUGGGGCGACAUGUGAGUACAUCAUCUAAUACUGACUGGGAGCAAGAGAGAUUGAGCUGGGACCAGUUAGCGAAAAUCCAUCAACACGGCUGGAAAGAACGACUAAAAAUCAGCAAAGUUGCCAAGUUUGAAAGUGAUUUAUUGAAAACUUACGAAGAUACAGCUCCACAAAGGCGCGUUAUUUUACGAGACGUUUGUAUGGUGGGGGGCAAGUUCAUGCCCCCACCACAAACGUCUGUAAAAUUUCGCGACUUUGUGGACCAAUAUCUUCGCUCUCUUUGGACUUAUCUCCUUUAAACUUGGUAAGUGACCUUUAUUUUAAGGUUCUCUUUCAGGCAGUGUCGAUGGUUAUUCGCUUACUGCUCUUUAUGAAAAGUUACAGGGAAAAAACUGUGGAAGGGUCUCAGAUGCCUUUAGGCUCAGAAAGACGUGGUUUCUGAAGAAUGAAUCGGAUGAUCCGAUACAUUCUUCAGAAACCACGUCUUUCUGAGCCUAAAAUGUUUGAGGCUAUUUGUUUUUGCCCCUGAAUUGCCCGGCCUCACUAGCCUUUGCUAUGAAUACUUCUGAGGGUAAAUAAAGUUAUCAUUAUGAAGUUUUCAUCUUAUGUUUCUUUAAUUGUUUUUUUGCUUUUGUUUGAAAAAACACCUUGUCCCAAAAAAUUUCUUAUAGUUUGGUUCGAUUGUGGUCAGUAAGACAUAUUAGUAACACUGCAGACUACGUGGUAAACCAUUUUCACGCAAUUUUCACCUUUUUACGCAAUCUUCUGUCUUAAAACUGUGAAACUUAAGUUCUUAAGUUCUUAAGUUCUCUGCUCUUGAUCUCACCCUCAGGCUAACGACUAACUGCGAUAAAUUCAAAUUUUAAAGCUUUGUGCCCGAUUCUUCUAAACGAGUUUCCUUAACAUUUUAUUUUUCUACCUAUUUUUGACUACUUUUUCGGUAUGAACGGGCCUCCCGGUCUAAAAACUGAAGAAAUCACAAUACGUUUGCCCAUAUUAAGUCCUGAAUAUUCUGUGGCGUAUUUUGUAUAUUGUGCAGAGAGGUUUGAAAUCUCAAUCAUAACGUCUUCGAAACAAACAUAAUAAAGGAAUCAUAUAAAAAUAGUUAAGUUUUUAUCUAUGUAAAUUAGAAUCGUUUAGUGGCCCUAUUAAUUCCCCCGCAUGUUUUCAAGCCCUCGCCAUGUUUCUUUUUUUUGAGAUAUAUGCACGAGAAACUUCAAAACAAAAUGGCCAAUUCCCUUCACUGCAAUCAGUUCAAAAUGCCGGCCAGUUAUAACACUCAAUAAGACGGGAUCAUUUAUACGCAGGGUCCCAAACCACUUUUAAUUAACUUAAGUGCUUUCCCAAGAAGCCUAUUUGCCUUGAGUACUCACUUGUUUACAAUCAUAGCUAUAGGUAUACUUUCAUGUCUGUAUAUAAUACAUUAUGUAUAAAAGUACUGUCGUCUUGACGCCUCCAUUGAAAAACCUUAAUCAAAUCACGGUCUAGUGAAGUCCCUUCAUUACAAAAUUACCUCUUAAUUAAAAAACACUAACUUUAUAUGAGAAUUAAACUCUCCGAGGAAAAGAUUUUCCCUGUUGGGAAUGCAUGAGGUCUUUUUUUACUAAGCGUAAUCAAAGGAAGUACUUUGAAUAAACUGAGGCCUUAUUAGUUGGGCUACAUUAAAUCGCUUCAUUUCGUGGGAAAGCUGCUUUUUCCCAUUAUCAUAGCAUUUAUAUUCCAUUGUUUUCAUAACAGAUUUAACGAACUAUAAAAUCACCAUGAAAUCAGCGUUUUUAAUGCGUUGCAAAACUCUUGUCGCUAGAAAUAGUCGUAUUGGAAUGUCGGAUAUUUGUGAUGGUACCAUGGGUCACUUCUCCUAUGUUACGAGCGAGCUUAGUUCUGCCCUGUAAAGUUCCUGCUAAAGUUAUUUUUAAAGCAAGAAAGUUUUUCUCUUUUGUCAACACCCUAGGGUUGUUCUAGAAUACGGAUGCGAGGGUCUUGGCCCAGGGUAGUGCGGUUUCUUGAAAGACAUCACAUACAGAUAAUGGUUGAAUGUUCGCAAAAAUAUGAACAUGUGUUUGAAUGACAGAAACGGACUUAAACAAUCUUAGUUUAUUAGGAUCUGACAUCACAAUUUUAUUGCCUUUUCUUCUUUCGCGGAACGGAAAAAAGGCAAAAUUAUUGAGCCAAAGUAACUCCUACUGAAUUUUCCUGCGUCCCGUCAUGAGCUUUUUAAGCGACAAAUUUCAAUGGUCAGAAAUAGCCACGUGACAGCUGUCCCACCUCACAGGGUUUUACUUGUCGUCUUCAACUUUCAGACACAAUUUGAGAAUAUUUCAUCCGUCUUUCAUCAUCUUUGUGUUUUUGGUUGGGUUUACGAUUCGUUUUUUGUGCGUGCCGAACUGCAUCCUAAUGAUCAGUCCGGUUGUGUGGUAAUGUAAGCCAGCACCAAACUUGUCAGUGAGUUCUACGGAUACACGAAAUAUAGCUUUUAAAAAAAUAUCUCUAGAGAAACAUUGUUUAGUUAGUAUCCUUUUGGCCGAGUUAUUUUCAUAAGAAAUACAGUCGCACCUCCAUGUGCGAGCACCUCUCGUAAGCGACGAUUUCCCCUAAGAGACCACUUAUCCAAAACACCAAAAAUUUUCCUAGUCAAAGCCUACAAUUGAAACUUGGCCUCUCGUAUAAAGCGACCACCUUUCGUAAGCGGUCGGGACUUGCCACCACCACUUUUAGAGUAACUAUUUUUACAAUUCUCAUUGUUGUUAAACUCUUGUAAGCGACCAGGCCACUUGACGAGUGGUCUGAUCUCUAUGUUUGCUGUAAAUGUACUAUACUUCUCAGAUCAUACAAAGAACUUUUGGUGAUAUAAACAUGGAACUGAACACUGUAAGGAAUUGCAUGCAAGGAAUUCUCUUCCAUAAGUAAGAUGUGUCCGGACCUCUUCUCGGAAGAGACCCCUUGUGGUUGGACUCCCGUACGCGACUACCUCCCGUAAGCCACCCCUAAAUCUUGGCAUUUUGGAUGGUCGCUCACAAGAGGGUUCGACUGUGUUUCUUUUUGCUUUAUGUAGGCUGUGAAGAUCCAUAUGAGACCGAACUGCAAAUGCCACGGAAUUUCAGCUUCUUGCACGCAUAGGACGUGCUACAGAAUGGUAGAACCGUUUGGUGUGGUAGGUGCGUAUCUUCGUGGAAAAUAUUACAACGCUGUCAGAGUAACAAUCCAUCAGAGCGAAAACAAGCUCGUUGCGGUCGAUGGGACAAAGGCAGAAGAGCUAUUAAAAGAUGAUCUUUGGUUCUUGGUAGAGUCCCCGGACUAUUGCGUGCCCAACAGCAUCACGGGAUCGUUGGGUACCACGGGAAGACGCUGUAACAAGACCGCCCCAGGUCCCGGGAAUUGCAGGAUUUUGUGUUGUGGGCGCGGCUAUAAUACCUUUCAAGUCCCUGAGAGCUACGAUUGUACGUGCACGUUUCAUUGGUGUUGCCGAGUAAACUGCAAGACUUGUGAGAGAGUAGUUAAUAAACACGUUUGCCGGUGA